AUGCAGACGGGCGUGCGGGGUGGGGCAGGUGCCAUGUGCCCAAAGGGGGUAAGUGGGAGAUAAAUUGGGUGUAGAAAAGGUGGGUGUGGGGGAUGAUGGUUCACCCUCGCAUACCCAGUGUUCACCGCUGGGGGCCGUGGGGGAGCGAUGUAUGUAGGGUCAGAAUCUCAGUGCUAGCUAGGUAAGCUUUGAUUGGUACUGGGGCAAUUCAGGUCCCUGGUUUUGGGUGUGUGUUGUUUCUCCUUGCCCGUUUCCCUCUUCAAAUUCGAGGUUGGAGGCUGUGGAGACAGCAGAAAGGGGUAGUCUGCCUCUGGGGUAGAUGUGUCUCCACUGAGCUUGUCCAGUGAUGUGGCAGUAAACCCGUGAGGGAGUGGGUGGAUAUUCUUUGCUCUCUGGCAAAGUUUGUAGGUUGGUUUGUUAGGUCAGGUGCCGGGGUCGUCCGAGCCCUGCUGCUAGAGCACGUACAAUAGUUGGUGAAACCAUUAGUUAUAAUGCAGGGAAAUAGCGUUUACAUCCAACAUUUACAUUCAACAAGUUACAACCGUUAGUAUGACCAAUUAACAAGUUAUGAUUUGUAUUAACUUUUGGAGACAGAGACAUUCUGCGGAGACCACCAGCAAUAACAUGUAUACCGGCAUUUGAGUUCCCCAUUCCCACAGUAAGAGUCAUUGGGGGUUGUGGGCCAAGUCGAGGCGUGAGGGAUGUGCAUCUUAGUAAGUACGAGAGGGGCGUCAGGGUGAGUAUGGGAGAACAGACUCUUGGUUGUGAUCAUGUGGUUGGGCUUGUCAGUGGUGUGGGGGGCAUUGUCGCGUCAUGGGAACGUCUUCUGUCCAGUUUGUGCAAUCUGUCGUGUUUUGUCGCAGGUGUCCGUGCCUUUUCAGGCAUUGUGGCUGUGUCCGUGUUGUGUGAGUGGGGAUAUAGGUUUUCUUGCCGGCAGUGAGAAGGUCAGGUGUCAUGUGUGGUAGGCAGCCUUAGUGGGGAGGAGGAGUCCCUCCCAGCUAUAGGGUGUGCAAGUGUGUUGCCUGUUUAUGCUGUCGCCAGUAUCGGAUUCUAUGUGUUUGGUUCCUCCCUCCCACUUUCCCCCAUCCUCCCUCCCCCUCCAUGCCUCUGUCCCCCCUCCCCUUUUACCAGUGGUGAAUUUGAGUGAGUCCUCAACAAUGUGAUCUGAGUAUUAUAGUAUAUCUGAAUACAAGACAUGGUAAGUAUACGACACCAGAUAUUCAAGAGAUAGUGCUACAUGGCCUUUCGUUGAGGGCUGUGUGAGGUGAUCGAGAAAGUCCUGGUGGCAACAGAUUUGACAGUCCUGCGCCUUAUUGCGGUUCCAAGUGGAUUAGGGGAGAUGCAAGAGUAAAAAAAAAAGGAUUUUUUGCACACUGCCAAAGUUCCUCUGAGAGCAGAAUUGUGGCCUCUAUGUUAUCCUUACGUGCUGUGAGUUCGAAUGGAAAAUGCCACCGGUACCUUAUCUGGUGUUCUUGAAGCACAGCAGUGACCGGUCGGAGGGCCCGGCAUGUUUGCAAGGUGAGGUGGGAGAGGUCAUUAUAGAGUUCCACGUUUUGGCAUUUGUAGCGCCAUGAUCUCUCCAUUUGUGCCCCCUUCAUGAUGUCCUCCUUUAGUUGGACAUCCUGUAUGCAGCAUCCUGUGGUGGGGCCGUUGGUGGUGGUUUCAGGCGGACAGCGCGAUGCGCUCUGUCUAUGUACAAGCGUGCCUCAGGGGGUCUGUUCAGUAUGAGGUUGAACAGCGGAAUCGGUUUCUCUCUUAAGUUUUCUGGGCCUGUUGGUUCACGUAGCCCUAUCACCCUGCUAUUUUUCCUGCUGCUCCUCUUGUCUAGAUCUUCAACAUGGAGCUGCAGGUCUUUGAGCUGCCUGUCAUGAUUGUGAGUGGUCUGUAGUUCCGGGCCUGCAGAUUCCAAAGCUGUCACCCAUCCCUCUAGGUCUGUCAGGGAUGUGCGCAGGGAGCCAUCUCCGUCCGUAAGGUAGUUCUUACCUCCUGCACUAUGGAUUGGAGAUCCUCCUUCUUUGGGAGCGAGGUGAACAGGGCAUACCAGUCUGGUGUGGGACCUUCCCUAUCUUGGGAACCGGCGUCAGUGAGCAGGCUGUCUUCCGACACUGUGGAGCCUGGAGUGGAGGGCGCCAUGUUGGGGGCCUCGUGUUGUGAGGCGAGGAUCCCCGGGGUAUGCAGGUAGGUGCGGAUGGACGUUGAUCGUACCUCUCCCUGUGUCCUUGGUGUUGACGGGGUCAUUUGUAGGUGCUUGGUACGGCCCAUUUGGUCUCUGGGAAUGUGGUGUGUAGCGUAAUUUGGCUACAGGGCUCGGAGCUAAAGGUUUAAGCCUCCAUUCCUGAUCAGCACCAAGCCACGCCCCUCAAACUUUGAAUUUUUACGCUGUGUCCAUGUUCCAUUUUGGAGUGUUGUGGCAGGCUACAUAUUCCAGCUACCCCAUAAAGACAUACCAUUUCUUAAAGAAGACAUCCCAGGGUAUUCCAAAAGGCAUAUUUUGAACCUUAGUGUGGGAUCAUUUUUCUGCUAGCUUGUACCAAGUGUAGUGGUAAUAAUAUUUUUUUCUGCCUUUUUGACACAUGAAGUGAGUUUGCACAGUAUUUUUUGGCUGUAUAAUACUUAGCUAUGUCAUCUGAGUACAGCAAAAACCCUCAUAUGUACCUUAGCCAGGUAUAUGUGGACGUAGAAGGGCCACAUUUGAGACACAGCCAUUCCAGUUUUUUUCAAACUUUUAAUUCCAUGGUCCGUUUUGGAGUAGUUUAGCUAGUUGGUUAUUCAAACUACCCCACAAACGCAUACCAGUAUUUAAAGAAUACACCCUGGAGUAUUUCAAAAGACAUAUUUUUCAUUUUAGCAUAGGAUAAUUUUUUCACUAGUGUGUUCCAGGUGUAGUGCUAAUAUAGUAGUAUGUUACUUUUUUUUACUUUUUACUUUUUUUUAAAUCUUUUUUUUACUUAUUAAAUUGUUUAAACUUUUUUAAACUUUCUUUAAACUUUUUUACGCUAUUAAAAUUUUUAUAAAAUUUUUUUCUGUUAACCCCUAACUAACCUAACAGUAAAUUCCCCAAUUUCCCACUAACUCCCAUCCACCCCAGCUAGCUAAAUAAAUAACUCCACAGACCAUAAUGUUUUACCUUUUGUUAGCUAAAACUGGGACAUAUUUAGAUAGGUGCCCUCAAAGACAGUAGCUGUUUAAGAAGUGCUAGCUGAUAGUUGGACUACAGAUAGGUGCCUUUGAAGGUGCAAGCAGAGCACUAUUUAGAUGAUCACUAGUUAUACUCCAGCGUCCCCCCCCCCAUCUUCAUCCAUGUAUAGUGUGUGUGUGUGUGUGUAUAGGGGUGUAGUGUUACACACAGUUACAGUCACACACAGUUACAGCCACACACACACAUGCAGACAGUCACACACACAGGCAGACAGUCUAACACACACACAGGCAGACAGUCACACACACACACAGGCAGACAGUCUGAAACACACAGAGGAAGACAGUCACACACACACACAGGCAGUCUCACACACACAAAGUCUCACGCACACACAGUUACAGUUUCACACACAGGCAGACAGUCACACACACACAGUUACAGACAUACACAGUUACAGAAACGCACAGUUAGUCAUACACAGUUACAGUCAUAGACACACACAGUUACAGACACACACACACACACAGUUACAGUUACACACAGUUACAGAUACACACACAGUUACAGUCAUACACAGUUACAGACACACACACACACACAGUUACAGUCAUAAACAGUUACAGACACACAUACCCAAAUGGAAGGUUACCUCUCGCUAUUAUGGUCAGUAAUUGUAAGUGAGAAGUGGAGGCAGUACAGCACCUGGAGUUGUUGGGGAAGCAGGUACUCCUUCCUGCUUCCCUUUUACUGUGCAGCACCAACACCGGCCUCUGGGCGCACUUAGCUCCGCCUCUGCUGUAAUUUAUAGCCCCGCCUCUGUGUAAUCCCUGCCCACCGCUCGGUAAGCCCCGCCCACCCUCACAUGUGUUUUGUGAUAGUUGGCUACCCGGGUGGUGAAAAAUGAAAUCCUCCACCCGGGUAGCAGGUGCACACAGUUCACAUCAGGCCGUGAGCUGUGUCGGCUGCCAGGGCGCCCCUGUUGCCAUGGCGCUCUGUGCGGCCGCACAACUCGCACACCAUUAAGGCCGGCCCUGCAUACAAUUGGCACACCAUGACAAUCAGUUUUAGAUGCAUAAAAUUGACAGACCAUGGCAAUCAGUUUUAGAGGCAUAAAAUUGGCACACAAUAUUGGCAAACAAUAUUGUGUCUCUUGAGUAUGAGUAAUAGAUUACAUAUUCUAUCUAUUAGCAAUACAUUUUUAACUUAAAUAUUAUUAGAGUAUUUAAAUGCAUUUCAGGGCAUACAAGCAAAUUCUUCAGCCAAAAAUCGGUGUGACGCAAGAAACAUCGCCACUGGUUUUUAGAGGGGCAUGUUUGCCAGCCUCCUACCCUGGGACUAUGGGCCCUGUGAUAACCCAUGUUCAAAAGUACUGUUUCUGCCCCUUGGACUUUUAACUGGAACAGAUUUAAACAUGUGGCGGCGGCCACCGUCAGCGGUGUUUUGUCGUCGAGUGUAUGGAAUUGUUUUGGGCAUGGGACCAUUGCACGGUGGAGCAAAAAUAAGACUUCCAGGAAAUUCCUGAACCCCUGAACCGAUCUGGGUGAUUUUUGGAUAUGUUGUAUUUUGGGGUACUUUUUGGGGUUUGUAAAAAUGUAUGUUAUUUCUGCUUAGAGUUAAUUGAGUUAGUCCAUUGUCUUUAUUAAUUAUAUCACAGGCAGAGGGGAGGGCUUGCUGACUGUAUGUGGGAGUGUUACAGUAAUAAUUAUUGUUCCCAUUGGUUCAUGUUCCUUGUGUCCCUGUGUUCCAUCAGGUGCAGGGGGUGUUCCCCUGGCCUGAAACUCUGUAUAAAAGAAAUGCAAGUUGCUCAAUAAAUCAGACCUUCUAACUCUCAACUCGCAACCUCGUCUCGUGUUGUAGGGAAUAGCUAUAACUACUAUAUCACUGCUAGCUCUUGUAAGAACUGCCUUUAGCUAUACAGAUACACUCUCCUGGAGGAGAGGUCCUUCCCACACAGUCCAGGAUCCAGAGGUUGGACCAGGGUGGGAAGGAGACGGCGAGACCCCAACCAGGCUACGGCGGUUCAUGCAGCACUUAUGGUGUCCGGUGCGGUGCUGAUGGUCCUUGCAAAGCACUACGAGCAUCCGUCAGCGGAGGUACCCAGCCAGUCUACAGGGAGCUCCGUCACAAUCGGCAACUGGCAACUAUACAGUUAUACACCUCCCUCCAUUUGAGCUAUUGAUACUAAGCAAAGCUGUGGACAUACAUGUGAUACUAAUGAGGAUCUAUGGUGGAGGAAAAAAGGACACUACUCUCGAACAAACCAGAAAAGAGAGAUGUAAAACAUAGAAGAAAUGUUGGGGCGGGAGAGGGGAAGCAGUUUUCUUCACAAAUGGCUAGUUAAUCAAUUUGACUUCACUUUAACGUUUUACUUAUCCAAAACAACUGAAUAAUUCUAAAUCUUUUUAUAGGUCCAGUCUAUGCUACAAAAUGUAUUAUUUCAUUUAUUUAUUUUUUCCUAUUUGUCUUUGUGAAAUAUUUCAACACUGCCUGUAAAGCAGAUCUUCUUACUCUUCCUGAAACAGACGGAAAUGCAGUGUAUCGUGUAAAAUAAUGUAACUAUUAGUAAUAUCCUGCCUGUGUUCUUAUGUAAACCCGAAGGAGAAGAACAGUUUGCUCCACAAACUCACUAGUAAUUCAGGAAGUGAGGUAUUUUCAUCUUCUCAUGUUUGAGAGUGAGGAUAUCACAAUGACUGGAACAGUAAGUACCAUCUAUUUAUUAUUAUAGAGUAUGGAUUGGAAUGGGUAGGGGAAGUCCAGCGGCAGGCAUACCAGGAUGCUGUCAUUAUUCAACCUAUGUAGGUAUGACACUCAGAACCCUUAAUGUAAUUAUUGAAUGUAUAACUACAGACCCUGGUUACUGUAUAUUAGUAGUGGACAAUUCACAUUUUGGAGAGUUAUUAAAGGGUUUCACCAUUGUCUUUGAUCUGCUUCUUGUGCAGCCUGACUUUGGAAGGCAUAUUAGUGUCAGGGGUAGACAACUUCCAGCUCCUCAGAUGUUGUAGACAUCUACUUGAUGCUUUGCCCGCAUUAUGGCUGUAAGAGCCUUAUGGGAGAUGUAGUCCAUAACAUCUGGAAUGUCGAAAUCUACCCCUUAUCUAGGUAUUCAAUAUAUGAAAUCUGACUUUGCUAUUAAGAUUAUGCCAUGUGACAAUUUUAUGCUCAAGAUAAAAUUGAGGAAUCUUAGUAUUUUUUGAGAUUUAAUAAUAGAAUAAUAAACAAAUUUUUAUUUCAGCAUAAAAACUGGUAGUGGCUCAUGGAAUCUCCCCACCUUGUAUUCCUGUAAAAAAUAUUAUUUUGUUUGGCAAUUACCGGUUGUUUUAUAAAACCCAUCGUAAAAUGUAAAAUGCUGCAGAAUAUUUAGUUAAUAAACUGUUAGAAUGCUGAUAUUUACUUUGCAUUUUAAUAUUCAUACUAUUAUGAACUGUGUGUUAUUACUAAUUUAAUCAAUUUACUUUCAUCAGUUAUAGAGAAAGGUUUAAUAUUAUAAUAGGAUUAUUCACUAAAGCGAAUUUCAAAAUGUAGUGAACAAUAGUCAAGAAAAUUUUUCCAAAGCAGCAGAAUUUUCGGUUUGGUUAUUUUGGCUUAAAAUUUGGAAAUCACUUUAAAUUGCUAACAAGUCUUAAAAAAAAGCAAGUACCCAUUCCACAUGAACGAGGUUUGUAUGAGCUAUUAUACGAAAGUAUAAAAUUCACAAAAUGAAAAUAUAAUACACACAUAAUGUUAUACACAGAGGAUACUGAAACAUAUACAUUUACACACAGAGGACACUGACACAUACAGCGGACACUGGUACCCAGUUACACAUAGAGGACACUGACACACAAGCAUUUACAUACAGAUGACAUUGACACAAAGUUUCACACAGAGGACAUGGACACACACAUGCCUACAGAUGACACUGGCACACACACACAUUUACACAUGUAAGACACUGACAUAUACACACAGAGGGCACUGACAUACACACACACACACACAUUUAAACUCAGAGGACACUGAUACACACAUUUACACACUGAGGAAACUGACAUACAAAAAUUUACAACCAGAGGACACUGACAAACACACACAUUUACAAUUUAAAUAUGGAAUACACUGACACACACACAUUAACACACAAAGGGCACUGACACACACUCAAUCACUCACACACUCUCACUGCUUUGACAAACACUGACAGACACACUUACUGACAAACACUCUUACUGACAUGCAUACUGAUUUGACACACGCUGACAAACACACACACAUUCAUUGACAGACACACACAUUCACUAACAGGCACACACGCACUGACAAAACCAAAUUCAGAACUGCACUUAAUCCAAACUAUUUAAUCCUGGGUGCAACCAAACCAGUAACCAGCACCAGGUCCCAAUUAUGGUAGGUAUAAGAGAAAAAAGGUGCAGGCACUCCAGGGAAUUGAUUGAUGAGACAAGAUUUAAUGAAACCCAACACAGCAACAUUUGACCCUAAAUGGUCUUUUUCAAGCUUUAAAAAUACUGUUUAGGUCAAAACGUUGCUGGCUGUUUAAAAACUGUUUAAAAAUCAGUCUGUAAAUAAAACACAUUGUUCUUGUUCUCAAGUACAUUUUAGCUUCAUAAAUGGUUAUUAUUAAAUCACCUAAAAUUUCUCAAAAUAACACUGCCCCUUCCACACCCUCAUUCACACCCCUAAAAUGAAAGUAUCCCUUUUUGUCUGUUUGAAAUGCCGGGAGGAAGGGCCAAUUGCAUGCAGAUGUUGUUGGCUGCAGCAUUACACUAUUCUUCUACAGAUGAAAACAGGCAACAGGCAGAAUUUGUGUAGGAAAAAGGGUAAGGUCUCUAGCUUGUUUGUAGUGCAGGUAGGCAGCUUUAACAACCAAAACCAGAGUCUCUUCUUUCUUGUCAUGGAUGGUCAGGAAAAUUCAAUAUAGGACAAAAAAAGUUAAAUAUGGUGUAGGAUUUUAGAUGUUUUUUUUUGGAGGGAGAUAGUAAUUAGUUGAAUGGAUUUACAUCAUAUCAUUUUUACAGCAACACAGUUUGCUGGCUCCUUGCUGGCUCCUAACAUCAUGCAUUAUUAAAGGGAAGAGGACCACAGAGAUCCAGGAGCUUACUUUUUCUAUUGUGGUCAUAUCAGUUCCAUGUAAGUCUAGCUGGGCCAUUAGCUAUCUUACAUGACACUAAACUCUCCUUGUUUUACAAAGACAAAGAUAAAUAAGUGUAAACUUGGAGAUUUGAUCUAUCAAAUUUACAAACUCCAAGCCAAGCUUGUAGCUGAUUUUAUUAAAGGACACAGAGGCUCAUAUUAUGGUUAUCUAUUUCUUUUUUUCUCAGCAGCAAAGAAAGGAUACUGUCAUAUUCAUAGAAAAAAACCUUUAACAUAUACCCUCACAGGGUUAACACAUAACAAUACAUCCAAUAAGAAUGCUUUCUGUAUCAUAAACCCCCAUGUCACCUAAGCCACUACUCUUUCUUUGCUGCUUCCUCCUCAGCGAAGUCCAAUUCAAUUUCUCUCUGCCUUAUACCAGUUAUUUUGGUGUAAUGUGUGUCUAAUUUAUAUUUUUCUCCAUACUGUUUAUCAUGUGCAUUGUUCUCCCUUUGCUUGCUACUGUUUAGAAUUGAGAGCACUGCUGGCUCUUGUGUGUUUUUCCCUUGGUCCUACUUUCCCUCCCUUACACCCCCUUACUCUACCUCGGUCGGGUUGUUUAUAACCUGACGUUCUGGGGCAGUUAGCAGCCUCCCUUCCUGUACUUUCUUUCCCCAUCCAAGUUUCCUCUCAAUCCCGCCAGCUUGUGGCUCUUGCCGCGGCUGGCGCCGCUUGCGCAUGCCCCCGUCGCAAGUGCACAUAGCAAGUGCACAUCGCGGUGACCAUAUUAUGGUUGGUGAUUUUGCUGCAGUUUGUUUCCUGGGCUUUUCGCUGGUUCUGGGGGCGGGUGUGUGCCGAUUGGUCGGCUAAGAGAUUGGGCAGCUCACCAGUGAUCUCCAGGAACUAUUCCUGAGGGAACAUUUGGUGAGCUUUGCCUUUUUCAGAUUGUCUUAGUAGUGUGUGUUUUAAUUUGGUCAGGUAGCACCCCUGCUUAGCCUGUGUAAUUACACUACACUAUACUUCUGUUUCCCUGCAAUUUGGCUAUUGUUUUCUAGUACAUAUUUCUGUGCAUUCUUUAACUAAUAUAGAGGCACAGAAGGAUUUGGGAACUGCCACUAAUGGUGCUUCUGGUGGUGCCACUACCCAGACCCCCUAGCCUGACUAAUGCUGAUGAAGCCUCACAGGAGCAAUUGAACUCAGAAGAGCUUCAUUCCCUCCUGGAUGCUACUAUGACUAAGUCGGUGACUCAAGCCAUUUAUUCGGCUAUGGUAGGGGGGCCAUGUCGGACACUUUGUCCAACUCUAUCAAUUAUACCCUUAUGUCCACCCAAAGGACCUCUACCCAUAUCAUCCUAAUCCCCCGGAGAACAAGCUGGUGACUGGCAGUGGGUGUAAAGCAGCCAAGAAAUCCCGUCAUUUAGACAAGGACACCUCCAGAAUUAUACGGUCUUACAGAGAAUGUCCUUUCAAAGAUGAUGUGGUCGCACCACAACUAAGAGCCACCCACCGGGAAAAAUCAGUGAGGAGUUUGAAAAGGACAAAAGCCCUAAUAGAAUCAUCCGAAUCAGAGUCGGAACAGGAGGAGGCAUUGAGCUAGUCUAACGAUGAAGACUCAUAUAACUCAGGUACAUUUUUUCCUCUCCAUGGGCCUUUUUCCAUGUCUGGGGAUGACCCUAAGAAUGGUGUGGAUUACUCCACCCUCCUUGAUCCUCAGGGUGAACCACUUUUUGAUCCGUAUACCUGCAACAUCCAAGAUCUUCAGAGUGGUUCCCACUGGACCAAGUGGCGAAGUAUAUCGCUGCGCAUAUCAGGAAACUUCUUGAUAAAGUGGCAUGGAACAAACUGCAGGCAGAAUGCCCACGGCCCACGAUUCCAGACUUGACAUGCGUCACACCAGACGUGGACCCUAAUAUCGCCCAAUUUUUGGGUACAUCUGGUUGGAAGGCCAAGAAAGGCCUAGAUUUCUCCCUUCACAACUGCCAAGACAAAGUACUGGAUGUCCUUGGACCCAGUGCAAAAAUAUUCAAAAUUAUUGAAACUGCCUUGGCGGUUGGUACUCCCGCAAACUUGCUGGCCAUCAGGCGUUGGAUCCAGCGAUCCGUAUAUUUGAUCGGUAAUUCCAAUAUGGCAUUAGCCACCGAGAGACGGAAGGUAAUUCUUAUCAAGAUUAAACCCAAAUUAGUUAGCUUGGCUAUAUCUGAACCUGGACCACAGGCAAAAGGUCUCCUUUUUGGGGACAGUUCGAGGCAGGCCUUGGCAAUCCCCGUGGAGCCAGAGGUUCUUCAUAUGGUCCUUAUGGUAAGAUCACUUCCGUCCUCCCUUUCUUCCAUAACGAUUGUGAUGGGCAGAUUACACCAUUUUGUCAAUGCCUGGUGCAUGUUAAUGUCAGAUUAUUGGGUCCUACAAACUGUCCUGGGUUAUGCCAUAGAUUUUGCACAGUACCCUGUCCAAUGGUCUCUCCCCAACUAAAUUGUCUUUUCCACACAUGACAGGUCCCUAAUUGCAGCAUAGAUACAGUCUCUGGCCACCAGAGGUGCAAUCUUAGAGACACAUCCGCAACAGGCAGUCUUUCUAAGCAACCUAUGCCUAGUUCCCAAGAAAGGGUGUGGUUACAGGCCGGUCAUCAAGCUACUCCCCCUUAACGCUUUUGUCGCUUUCCACCAUUUCAAGAUGGAAUGUAUUCACUCCCUCCGAAACUUACUCCUCCUAGGGGAUUGGAUGGUCAAGCUCGACCUUCAGGAUGCUUACCUCACUGUGCCGAUGGCCGAAGGCUGCCAACGUUUCAUGCAAUUCCGGUGGGAGAUAACCAUGUGGCGUUUCCUGUGCUUGCCCUUCGGUCUCUCAUCAGCCCCUUGGUGCUUCACAAAGCUCAUGAGACCUGCAGUGGCCCUCCUGCGAAGGAGGGGUUAGUCUGAUUAUAUACUUGGACAAUAUACUUGUGAUGGCACAAGACCCACUCUAACUCCACCAACAUUUAACGUGGACGAGGACUUUACUCUGAAACCUUGGUUUCGUAAUCAACUGGGACAAGUCGGUCAUAGAACCUUCUCAGUCCCCACGUCCACCCCAACCCAGGCUCUCCUCACUUUGGGAUGUGGACCUUGUCCUCCUGCUGUUUGAAAUUGGCCAAUGAAUCAAGAGCUCUCACUCAAACAACUCACAGCAAAGCUGGUGAUGCUGUUUUGCCUGAUCUCAUGUAAAUAUGUACCUGAUGACAUUUCUGCACGCGCCUUUACUCAUGGGGGUGUCUCGUUUGAUAUUUCAAGACCUAAGAAACCAUCUAUCACCUCAAUCUUCUACCCAGCUUUCCAUCAGAAUAUAAAACUAUGUCCGGUGAACUGUCUCAAAGCAUAUGAAUCUAGGACUUCUCUUCGACAACCUCAUCAUCCUGUUUCCACAGUCACCUUAUCUCGUUGGGUCAAAUGGAUCAUGAUGUCGGCUGGCAUUAACACUUCAGAGUACGGGGCACAUUCUGUCAGAGGAGCCAUGGCAUCUAAAGCUUUCACCAAGGCAUGCAGAUUAGAAGAUCUCCUACGGCUGCUGAUUGGUCCCGUGAAUCCACUUUUUGAGAAUUUUAUUUUCGUCCAGUUUGUCAGUUUUCUGAUGUGGUGGUUUCACAGCUUUGAACUAGCAUAAUAGGAACCUCCGUGUUCUUUAAUAAAAUUACCAGAUUUUAUUAAUUUCAUGACGUAAAGUCAUGAUUUUAUUAAGGACACGGCGGCAAGUGUUAUCCCACCUGAUGCAGGUAUGUUGGCGCCCUCCCUCAUAUGCUUCUUUUAUUUGCUAAUGAAAUUAUGAUACUACGGCAUAUGCACUUAUUGAGGGUUCUUGUAAGUUACGAUUCUGCUUACUUUGGAUUUAUUACUCUAUUUAAUGACGUUUUAUGGAUAUUUUGUUGUCCAAAAACAUAUUUUACCAGUUGUUUCUCUGUUCCUUUCAGCCUCAUAAUCGGAUUUGGCACCAUUGUGCACUGGUUCUUUUCAUGUUUUAAACGGAUGACCCAUCUGCCACGGAGUUCCAGUUCAUCUACCCAAUGAGUUAAUAUUUCGGUUCCACGUUGACCAUAGGUUUUCUUGAACUGAGUUUUUUGUCUGCAUCAGCAAGAAAGAGGAGUGGCUUAGGUCACAUGGGGGUUUAUGAUACAGAGAGCAUUCUUAUUGGAUGUAUUGUUAUGUGUUAACCCUGUGAGGGUAUAUGUUAAAGGUUUUUUUCUAUGAAUAUGACAGUAUCCUUUCUUUGCUGCUGCAUAAUAAAGAAAGAGAUAAGCAUAAUAAUCGCCUCAGUGCCCUUUAAUAAAAUUCUAACUUUACGUCAUGAAUUUAGUAAAAUCUGGUAAUUCCAAAUCCAAACUACUUGCGCAAUAGGCAAGUAGGUUCAUUUUGAUUUGUGAUUCUGCAUUCCACUCGUGGUGCUAAAAAAAUGGAUAAUUGGUGGGAAAAAGAUGAUUGAUAGCUAGGGGACAGUCAUUAAACACAGAUUUUUAGCUCAGUGAACUAAACUCAAAAGACAGACAAUUGUCCAGAGUACCUGCCUUGCAAAGACUUCUUAUUUAGUUGCCUUGGGAAGUAUGUGAUUGGACAGCCACAGAAACUCUGGGCUGGAUUAAAAGUGGAGGGCUUGCAACAGCUGUAGACAAGAUAUAUGCAACUUUUGCAAGCUGCUUUCAGAUAUACCUCCCCCCCACCCCCCCGAACAACAUGCAUAAUUAAAUGCAUGCAUAUUAUAAAUGGGGGUAUAUCUCCUGUAUAGUGUAGUGUCCCGUAGAGAUGAGCUUCCUUCUUUUGAAAAAUGGUUUAUACAUAUCAUUAUAUACCAUAAGCUUAUGUACGAAUGCCUUUUAAUCAGCUAAUAAAUAAUAAUAAAAAAUCUAUAGGUAAAAGGACACUAUAGUUACGAGAACAACCACAGCUUAAUGUUGUGAUACUGGUGUCUAUAGCCUGUCUCUGUAGGCUUUUUUUUUUCAGGGAAAAGAUAGUGUUUACAUUGCUGCAUAAUGGCACCUCUUGUGGCAGUUACACAGACUGCAGUAGUGGUUUCCUAGCCUGAACUGAUGUUCAGAAUCUCCACGUUCUUCUUAAAGGACCACUAUAGGCACCCAGACCACUUCAGCUCAAUGAAGUGGUCUGGGUGCCAGGUCCAUCUAGGGUUAACCCUGCAGCUGUAACCAUAGCAGUUUCAGAGAAACAUCUAUGUUUACAUUAGGGUUAAUCCAGCCUCUGGUGGCUGACUCAUUGACAGCCGCUAUAGGCGCUUCCGCGCUUUUCACUAUGAUUUUCACAGUGAGAAGACGCCAGAGUCCAUAGGAAAGCAUUGAGAAAUGCUUUCCUAUGGACCAACUGAAUGCGCGCGUGGCUCUUGCCGCACAUGCGCAUUCAGCGGAUGACUUCGGAAGAGGAAGGAGAGUCCCCAGCGCCGAGGGAGCCCGGCGGGAGGGGGACCCAGAGGGUGGGGGACACCCAAAGACUCUAUAGAGCCAGGAAAACGAGUUUGUUUUCCUGGCACUAUAGCGGUCCUUUAAAAGCUCUAUUUGUUACCCAUAAAGAUGCUUUGAUUCAAUGCAUUUCUAUGAGGAGAUGCUGAUUGGUGCAGCGCUGUGUUUUGCCAUGCAUGUGCAAUAGCCUCCCAAUAGCCUAUGGGAAAGGAUUGGAUUGGCUGAGAUAAUCAAGUUUGAUGCCAUGAUGGUGGAGCCAUGCCUAACCAAUACAGUGAGACUGGCACGGCGUGGGAGAAAAGGUGAGUAAAAACCACAUUUACCAUGUAAUGCACAGGGGGCCAGUCACCUAAAUAGUUACAGUGUCAGGAGUACAUGUUUGUGCUCCUAACACUAUAGUGCUCCUUUAAUAAUUAAUAUCUGAGUCUUAUACAGCUAAAUCAUUGUUGCUAAAUUACAUAUAUUUGGCAUUUGUUUGUGGAAUGUACUAUAUUUGGCAUAGUUACAUAAUUUAAUACAGCAUACCUUAAGUCUUUUGAAAAAUAGAAAAAGUAAGGUUAGGUCUCCACAUAAAAAUUAGAUGGGACCCACCUCAUUGGAAUUACCUCUAUUGUUAAAAUAUCAUAAAUGGUAAUAGACUUUAUUGAAAACCAAAUACAUAUAACAUAAACAAAUUCUGUGUAGUUUGGAUGUAGAGUCCUUAUACUCAUCCAUUUCUCAUGACAGAGGGAUAGAACACACCAAACACUUCUUGGACCAAAGGGGUCCUAAUUAUGAACCACAUACAGCUUUUGCACUGAGACUCCUUAAUUUCAUUUUGUCACAUAAUUACUUUCUGUUCCACAAUAGAUUCUACCACUAGGUGAGGGGUACGGCUAUGGGGACGGCUUGUGCUCCCUCAUAUGCCAAACUCCACCUGGGGUGGUAGGAGGAACAAAUUAAAAAAUCAGUCUCAUUGGCUGCUUUUUGCAUGGUAUCGCUAUAUAGGUGAUGUCCUAAUAGGGCACAUCUGAUGAAUUUAAUGACUUUAUUUCUAUUUUAAAUGUAAAUUAUGACAAUCUGAGAUUUGCAGCGGAGUUUGGUGGUCCCUCCUUGAGCUUCUUAGGCCUAACUGUCUACAUAUCUGGGGAUGGUUCUGUCCAGACGUCCCUGUAUAGGAAGCCAUCAGCCUCCAACGCCCUCUUAAAAUGGGAUAGCUUCCAUCCGAGACCCUUGAAACAGGGUAUACCAGUUGGACAGUAUCUGAGGAUACGGAAUAAUUGUAGUAGCAUCAAAGACUUCCAGGACAAGGCCAACAUGCUUAGACAGCAGCUUAGAGAGAAAGGGUACCCUAACAGGUGCGUUAAAAAGGCUUAUAAGAGGGUCCUGGAAGCCAACAGAGAUGACCUUCUGGCAGACCACUCCCAAGGAGGAGAUUGUGAUGAAUAAAAUCAGAAUGAUAGCGAUAUUUGACUCAGGAUGAAAUUAGGUUAGAAGGUCGAUGCAAUGAUUUUUGCCUAUUUUACUCAAUGAUACUCACCUAAAGGAGGUUUUGGGCCCACAAGUAACCAUAACUGCACGUAGAGGUCGCAAUUUCUGUGAUUUUUUUUUACUCCCAAGCCAUUUCCAGCCAAAACCAAAUCCAUCACUCACCUGGUUAGGUGGAAAUCCUCCCUGUGGUACCUACAGGUGUGGUAAGUGUGUCACCUGUAAGUAUAUCCUACGAGACUCGAAAUCAGUGACAGAAAGUGAGGGACGGCACACCUUUAGGGUGACACAUUUCUUUAAUUGUAACACUGCAGGACUGGUUUAAAAAUAUGUGGGCAAAACAUCACGCCUCUUUAAAGAACGUAUAAAGGAACAUGUGAGGUCCCCAAAGAAUUGCUUAGAAACUCCCAUUUCAAGACACCUCAAAGAAUGCCACAGGGGCCUAUCUAAGGAUAUAAGAUUCUUUAGCCUAGAGCUGGUCAAACGGGACCAAGACGGAGGGGUUUUGAUAAAAUUCUACAUCAAAAAGAAUGUUGAUAGAUUUACAAAUUAAAAACCCUCAAUCGUUUAGGUCUGAAUGAAGGCUUCUCUUUUGCCCCCUUUAUUUGUUCUAACCCUAUGUGGAUUCUGGUAUCCCUAUAUAUUUGGAGAAUUUAAUUAUGUAUAUUUGUAAAUAUUGCAUAGCCUAUUUUCUUUGUUUAUUCUUUAAUGUUGAAAUCAUAUCUUUAUCAUGUAUACGGUUAUUCUGACUUUAUGUAGACAUCUAGAAGUAAAUCGGAUUAAUUUAUUACCGCUCUUUAUAUAACAUUCAGUGUGGAUAAUGACCAUAUUGGUUUGAUCGAAUGGAUAACCCAUUUUCUGUGAGGAAACAGUAUGUGUAUGGGUGGGCAGUGUGUACGGGGUGGACAGUGUAUGUGUAUGGGGGGCAGUGUAUGUGUGUGUGGGGGCAGUGUGUGAAUUUGUAUGGUGUGUGUGUGGGGGCAGUGUGUGUAUUGGGGGAACAGUGUAUGUGUGUGGGAGCAGUGUGUAUGGGGGUCAGUGUAUGUGUAUGGGGCAGUGUGUGUGUGUAUGGGCAGUGUAUGUGUGUGUGGGGUGUGUGUGUGUUGGGGGUGACAGUGUAUGUGUGUGGGGGCAGUGUAUGUGUGUGUGGGGGUAGUGUGUGUGUGUGUUUGUGUGUGGCAGUGUGUGUAUGGGGGCAGUGUAUGUGUGUGUGGGGGCAGUAUGUGUGUGUGUGGGGGGCAGUGUGUGAAUGUGUGGUAAGGAGGGUAGGGGGCUUUUUUAUAAAAAAUAAAUAAAUAGAAUUUAUAAAAAUAAAUACAUUUAUGUCCCCCCUCCCUUCUUAACUUUACUGAUCCCUGGUGGUCACAGCAGUAAGAGUGAACUCUAGCCCAUAGUUCCAGGACUAAAGUACACUCUCGCGAGAUUUGAUUACCACGGCAACGCUUCGUGCUCGUGAGAGUAGGACCCGGAGGAGCUGCAGACUGAGCUCCCGGGUCCUCUCUCACUCCCCUGCCGGCUGUCAUGCAAUUCGUAUAGUAUGAACGAACGAUAUAGUAAGCUAUUAUCAAUUGAACAGGGUUAUCGUGUGAAUUGUAACAGGCAGCGGUCGACAAAUUUGCCGCACGAACGGAUGAAACUACACGAAUGGAUAAGUAAGAAUAAGAAGGCAGCCUAUCCCUGCGUUUUUAGGCCCGAACAUGGGAAAUAACCAAAUGUUAUUUCCUACGUGGCACUUACGUGUACGUGCCGGGUCUCGUGAACGGAAGCCGGGUAAAGUGUCUGUGGAGACAAUCAAAGCUAUGUGGAGACAAUCAACGUGAACGGCAGAGGUGAGUAUGGGCUCAGUGUUUAAAUAGGGGACAUAACUCCUCCCACAAAUACAGGCCUAAUGGCCUUUUAACAUAUGGGAGAUCUGUCUACAUAUUCUGGUUUAAUCCAAUAGUAUGUACUACAGAUACUGAUCUCCAUAUAUACACAUGUCUAUGAGUAUUCCUACCCCAAGUAUUUUAAAGUGUAUUGCUGUGAUUUUUUUGUCUUAUACACGGUGGGUUGUGUUUACACCUUUUUUACAUGGAUUUGUUUAUGUUAUGUGAAUUUGAUUUUCAAUAAAAUCUAUUACCAUUUAUGAUAUUUUAACAAUAGAGGUAAUUCCAGUGAGAUGGGUCCCAUCUAAUUUUUAUUUGGAGACCUAACCUCACUUUCUCUAUUUUUCAAGUGUUGAUGUUAAUUGGCUUCAUGCCCCCUCUUACCUCGGUAACCUUCUCUGUAACAACAGUGUAGGUUUUUCCUAGAUCUGAGGCUGUAUCUUACCUUAAGUCUUUACUAACGCUUCUCUUCUCUCUCAUCUCUUUAUAUAUAGAAUGCAACGGUGUCUAGCAUGAUAAAUGGACUCAAUUUCUCUACAGCAAACUUCAACAACCAAACAACACCUCCACCUGGAUCUUCUCAUAAACUCGGAAUAGCCAUCCUAUCCUUAGCUUUCAUCAUUGGCUUCCCAGGCAAUGCCUUCAUCAUCUGGACCGUGCUGACACGAAUACGGAAACGCUCAGUGACUUGCAUCCUAAUCUUACAUUUAGCCAUAGCCGAUAUGAGUCUGAUACUCACUGCUCCUUUCUUCCUCCACCUCCUAUCAACAGGAAGUUGGGUGUUUGGGCCUGUUGUUUGUAAAUUAUGCCAUUACAUUAGUUGUCUAAGUAUGUACGCCAGUAUCUUUCUAAUUACGUUUAUGAGUGUGGAUCGUUUCCUCGCUGUAGCUUUACCUUUUUCUUCUCAAAAGCUAAGAACAAAGGAAAUUGUCCUGCGCUUGACUUUUUCAGUGUGGGUGCUAUCAGCAUUGUUAGCUAUCCCAAUGCCAUUUUACCGCGAUGUAUUUGUUAUAUCUAAUCGGCCACUCUGUAUUCCCUACCACAAAAGUUCUGGACACAUCAUAUUUCAGUACCUUUUUGAAACUUUGUUUGGUUUUUUAAUCCCAUUCACUAUUAUUGUGUUCUGCUAUGUGUAUAUUGGUAUACGGUUACGUAGUGCACAGUUCCAGAGCAAGCGUAAGACAAGCCGCUUAGUUAUAUUAAUUAUUGUAACCUUUGCUCUUUUCUGGAUUCCUUAUCACUUGGUCAAUAUUCUGCAGGUAUCAGGAGAGACAACAUCAAAACUAAAGCUUAAAAAUGCAGCUAAAAGUGCUCGACCCAACGUUACUGCAUUGGCCUUCCUCAGUAGUAGUGCCAACCCUGUGCUUUAUGCAUUUGCUGGAGGUUCCUUCAUCAGAACAGCUGGGAUAGGAUUCAUGGCCAAGCUGUUAGAGGCGUCCCACUCUGAAAGCUCCAGUUUCCGGACUGUCACUUCCGUUUUCCGGCAACGAAGCAGAAACGAGUCAGUAGAUGUGGAAAAGAUACGGGAGAUCACAGAGGAAAGCAAGACAAUGUCCACCAAUCAAACAGAAUAACUCUAAUAAUGACACCAAUGAAAAUAUAUCUUCUAAGUUAUUUUUCUCAUUAUGAAACACAGCUAUAGACAAUGCAAAACAAUACAAAAAGUGCUCUGACAUACAUUUCAUAUGUGUUGUGUCCUUUCACUGCUCCACUAAAAUCAGGAGCAGAGUUCAACAUAAUUUCUGCUUAAUAUAACAACUGUGGAUAAGAUAAAGUGAACAUUUAGCUUGCACAAAUAUUCUGAUGACAAGGUCUGCAUUAUGUUAAGAAUAAAAUGUCAAAAGUGCAGUCUUGUAUGUGAAUGAAUUUAUAUUUUUCUCCUAAAAUGUGGCAUGUGCAAAGAAGGUGACAAAUUGCAGAGGAAAAAAAUGCUUAAGCUUUGUUUGGUAUAAAUUUUAGUAAAAGUUUUUGAAAAUUGUCCAAGUCUUAGUUUUGUUGUCAGUAAAUAGCUGCCAUAAAUUGUAGUUAUUAAAUGGACAUUUUAGGCACCCAGACCACUUCAUCUCAUUGAGGUAGUCAAGGUGGAGUGACCCUGUCCCCUUAAGCCUGCAAUGUAAAACACUGCAGCAGCGCCGGCCUUAGGGGUGUGCGAGCUGUGCGGCCGCAUAGGGCGCCACAGCAACAGCGGUGCCAGUGGCCGGCACAGCUAAUAGUUCCCCGGUUUUACUUGUAGCCCCAGUGCUAGGCACACGCUGGGGCAUCACCUCACUUGCUGCAAUGAAGCAGGCAAAGGCUCCAGGAGCAGAGCCUCCAUCAGACAGUGAGUGCAGGCAGACACAUGUUGCCUGUAGAACUCCUCAGGGCCCCUCCGUGCUGCUUGUUUCGGGGGAAGUGACAUCAUGAGUCAGAGGUCGGCGUGAACCACACAGAGUGGCCCUGAUCAGUUCUACCAUAGACAUAGAAUACCUGGAUGCGGCAUUGCGUGAUGAGCGUCGAGGAAUGUGGGCGCCAUCUUGGACCGGUCGCUGCUCUACUGAAGCUAUUGAAGAACCCUUGGGGAUCACUCACAAAACAUGAGUGAAGGACUUGGGGCACUUAUAGUCCUUAAUACCCCUAGCCCUAGUCCUUAAUACCCCUACCCCUAGUCAUUAAUAGCCCUACCCCUAGUCCUUAAUACCCCUACCCCUACAGUGUUAAUACCCCUACCCCAUCACACACAGUGUUAAUACCCCUACCACAGCACACAUAGUCCUUAAUACCCCUACCCCUACACACACAGUGUUAAUACACGUAGUGUGCUGGGGUAGGGGUAUUAACACUGUAUGUGCUGGGGUAGGCAGGGGUAGGGGUAUUAACACUGUAGGGGUAGGGGUAUUAAGUGCCCCUACCUUUUGUGUGAUGGACUUUCCAAGUGUUCAUUAAUAGCUUCAGUAGAGCGGCGACCAGUCCAAGAGGGCGCCCGCCUUCCUCGACGCUCAGCACGCAAUGCCAUAGAUGUGCGGCGUCUAUGUAUUCUAUGUCUAUGAGUUCUACAGACAACAUGAAUACUCCAUAAGGUUCUCAGGAAGGUAUGGAAGAAAUGCUUAAUAACAUGCUCGGAUAGGGCUGGAAGUGGGGAAAGGAGUGAAAUCAUAGUCUAUCUAACGGAAUAUGAUUAGAGGAGAAAAUAGUUAUAUGAAUUUGGAGACAAUUUUGAGUUACUAUCUAUUUGGUUAGAUCAGGAUACUAGUGGAUUCUGCAUGUAAGGAGAGGAGUAGAAUGGGGGGUACUAUAUAAGAGGAGUAGAAAAUGGGGUUACUAUUUGUGGGGGAGAGGAGGAGAAUAGGGGGUACUAUAUAGGACAAGAAUGGGCUCCUGACUAUGGGGGAGGGGCUUUGAUUGGGGUACUAUAUAUGAUGUGGGGGAGAGGAGGAACAAAGGAUGGGCUAAAUACACAAGGUGGAGAAGUGGCCAUGAGGCAGUAAUGAGCUUCUAGGUAUUAGAGUUGGGAAUGGGCUAUGGUCAAUGAUAAGUACAAAUUUACAACUUUGUUGUGGCACUAUCUGUGUGAACAAACAAAAACACUACUUCAUUCACACACCUUGCCCCAAUUACUUCUUGCUCCAGCCCCCUUAACCUCAUCAGUGCCCCAAUCCUGCCCCCUAUUCUGCUGACUUGUUCUAUGCUUCUUCCUCACUUAACCCCUUCAGCUCCCUAUCCAGUCCCAGUUUCUCUCAGCUUCUGCUCCAUUAACCCCUUUAAUUCCUUAUUCUGCUCCACUUGAUAAAAGGGUCUUCACUACACGUAAUUUUUCAGGACUGUAUAUCUGCCCCUCAGUGUGUUAGUAUUUAAGUUUGACAAUUUUUGUUUACCACUCUAGUUUGUUUACUGCUGUUUUAUUUAAUAAUUCUACUUAAUAUACUUAUAUUGCACUUAGAAGUUUAAUAUAUUAGUUUGGGAGUUAAGAUUAGCAGGUUUAAAAUGGAAGGCAUUAUUGGAUGGUUGGGUGUGAGGAGGGGGCACUAUGAAAAUAUUUUGCACAGGGCGCCCAAAACCCUACUGCCGGUAGAGAAAACUGCAAUGCUUACAUUGCAGAGCUAAGAUAACCUCUACUAGUGUGACAUCUCUGGAGGAGGAGACCGAGCGAGUGCUGAGGGACAAAGAGGUAAGUCUAAAAAGUGUUUUUAACCCUUUAUAUACAGGAGGUGGGCAGAUCUAUAGCAAUAGAAACAGGGAUACUAUAGUGUUAGGAAUGCAGUUUUGUAUUUCUAAUGCUAAAAUGUUCCUUUGACUGAUAUCUAAUAUUUGCAGCCACAAAAUACCUCUGUACUGCUUCAAUCAGAUGGUCUCUCUGGGAAAAUCUGAUUGAAAUAGUGGAGUUUUAGUCCUCUCUUUUGCAGAAGCACUUCUAGUAUGACAGCCAGGGCCGCCAUCAGAAAUUUUGGGGCCCCUAACACAGCUCAAGGUCUGGGCCCCCCUUCAAGCCUGCCUCCAAAUCCCGCCCAGAGGAAUACACACACACUAACAGAUACAAAUACUGAAACAGACAUACACACAUAUACAAGCAGACAUACAUACUGACAAACAUACAUAUACAUACUGCAUAUUGAUAUAUACAUACAUACCGACAGGCAUACAUACAUACAGACACACACUGGCAUACACACACACACGCAUACUGGCAUACAUGGGCAUACAUACACACACGCACUGGCAUACACACACACUGGCAUACAUACACACAUACACUGGCAUUCAUACACUGGCAUACAUACAUACACACUGGCAUACAUACACACAUACACUGGCAUUCAUACACACAUACACUGGCAUUCAUACACACAUACACUGGCAUACACACACUGGCAUACACACACAUACACUGGCAUUCAUACACCGGCAUACACACUGGCAUACAUACACACAUACACUGGCAUACACACACUGGCAUACAUACACAUACACUGGCAUACAUACACACACGCACUGGCAUACACACACUGGCAUACACACAGGCAUUCAUACAUACACACAUACACUGGCAUCCACACACUGGCAUACAUACACACAUACACUGGCAUUCAUACACAUACACUGGCAUACACACACUGGCAUACACACAUACACUGGCAUACAUACACACAUACACUGGCACACACAUACACUGGCAUACACAAUGGCAUACACACACUGGCAUACACACACAUACACUGGCAUUCAUACACCGGCAUACACACACACACUGGCAUUCAUACACUGGCAUUCAGACACUGGCAUAACACUGCAAUGAAAACAUUGCUGUUCCUGCAGAACAGCAAUGUUUUCCGCCAUACCUUAAAACAGGGAGGGGGGAAGCUGGCGCCCAGACCAUUUCAUUGUGAUUAAGUAGUCUGGUUACCUAUAGUGUUUCUUUAAGUAGCAGUCCAGAUAACUUUGCAGGAAAAUCAACUUGAGUUGAGACAUGUAGGCACAACAAGAGUUCUUGUUGUUAAAAUGCCAGGUUAUGAUAGAGCCGUACAGCAUUUCUAUUGUGGAGGAAUUAGACACCCCAGCAACAGCAGACCUGCACACGGGGGGGAAUUUCCUAAACACUUCGCAUGGUAAAAGCAUGUUCCUUCCAGGAACCACGGGUUUGGCAGCAAUCUACCGGGAACGUUUGCUUUGGAGCUGUUGGCCAUGGCAUCCAGGUUCCAUCGCCUCAGCCCCUUUGGGGGAUCUACUCCAUUGUAGCAGCUGCUGUGGAAUGGGGUAAAUCAUGGUCAGGGUCAUCAAUCCGUUGUUACUCAGUCAACUAAGCACAUGUCAUAUCAUCAAAAAACGCCACUCAUCAUCCAUAAGGUCAUGAUAUUUCUGGGGAACUCACUUGGUUGUCCACUUAUCACAUUUCUUUUACUUUCAUGUACCAGGCGGGGGUAUACAUCCCUGCAGACAAUUGUCUCAUUUAUAUUCCAGGCAUGUUCAUCAUACACUUCCCACAGCCACCCAUACAGUCACGCCCACUCUUUCGUUCCAGAGACAAAAUCAUGGAUUAGACAUACUCAUGCAGCAUAGCAUGCACUAUCUCACCUAGCACUUUCGUCCCAUACUUGUAGAACGCAUAACACAGCUUUUCACCUGGCUUAAAGAAUCUCAUUGGAACACGACAUAGCUCAACCUGUGUCAUAACAUUUCUCCUAGGUUUUGCUUCUUUUUGCCACCUUAAACUUAAACUAUCUCACACGCCAUUAAUUAUAUAUUUUACAGGCAUUCAACAACACAGGAUAACCUAUGGCCAAAACUACCAUAACUCCAUGCUAUCAUACCAGACAAGAAUAUAUAGAGUUUUUCAGGAAUCCAUUCCCCCACGUUCCUCUCAGUGAUUACCAAUAGCCAUCCAACUUUUCCAUCCUUAUCGGACCUAUUAGAUCUACAACCAUUCAAUUAUAUACCAAGUCGGCCAUUACCAGCCAUGCACACUGCCUUCUAUGCCUUUCUCAGGCCAGAUAAUCCACUACCAUCACCACCACUCAGACAGAUCAUUGUCUUCAACAAUCCCACGUACGUAAACACAUAUAUCAUUACCUAUUGGCUCUACCACAUUACGAAACGAGUCAACACGCACCAACGGUAAAAAUAACAUACUAUCCUACCCACAACAAAUGGUGUCCACUUUUGGUCCUAGAUUCCUACCUUCAAAAUCCUUCCAGGAAUUAAAUACUGUAAUGCAUUUAAGGAAAUGUCUGGUUAAUUUGUAUAUAUUUUUGACUGUAUUAAAUCUUUGAUUAUUCAUUUUUGCCCUCUUUAUUUACAGGCCUACCGUAUCGUCGGUCUCGGCACACCACAACCGACUUGCUCCCUUUAAACUAUCCUAUGCUUAUGCUGGAUCCUUACUCCAUAUACGGCUAUUUGCCCCUUACACAAGUAUUAAGGCCGUUUGGCCUAUAUUUGUGGGAGGGGCUUAAAUUAAUUCACUUCCCUAUAUAAGGGACACCCCUUACCUGACUCAUAUCGCUUGAGGUCAGCAUCAGAAUGACCCUCCCACCCACUCCUCAUUUCAACACUUUCUCUUUUCUUUCCAUUUACUUUACUUUCUUACUCCUUGGUGGGCCCUCUUUAUUUACAGGCCUACCGUAUCGUCGGUCUCGGCACACCACAACCGACUUGCUCCCUUUAAACUAUCCUAUGCUUAUGCUGGAUCCUUACUCCAUAUACGGCUAUUUUCCCCUUACCUAAAUAUGUAUGUAUAUAUAUAUAUAUAUAUAUAUAUAUAUACACACACGCACACAUACAUAUAUACAUAUAUAUAUAUAUAUAUAUAAAAUACAAUCCAGCGCGCACUCACCUAUCCACUAAACAGCAACUUCAAUGUUGAAAGAUUUUAUUUGUUUUUUUAAAAACACCUAAUCUAGGCAAAAAUAAUGGGGGUUUAGUUACAUUAUAUGAUCAUACAUUGCAUAAGCCUGCCACAACGUCAAUGUACCCCAUCUUUGGCAGGUCCUACACUAACAGCCUAAUGUCUGCUCUUAUGAGAUUAACCUACUUGGGGAAAGAAAUUCCAUCUGGGGCUCUCUGCAGUACAAGGCUAAAUAGGGCCCUGGGAUGAGGCACGUGUGACAGGGAGGGGUGCAAAACCAAGGAGUUGGCUAGACUCCCAAAUAUAUAUAAAACAAAAGGGGGUUGGCUGCACUCACCUUAACAUGCAUAAAUGGGGGUGCUGCUGGGGGCCAAAUAAUACAAAACACAAGAUCCAGCGCACUCACCUAUCCACUAAACAGCAACUUCAAUGUUGGAAGAUUUUAUUAGUUUUUUUAAAAACACCUAAUCUAAGCAAAAAUAAUGGGGUUUAGUUACAUUAUAUGAUCAUACAUUGCAUAAGCCUGCCACAACGUCAAUGUACCCCAUCUUUGGCAGGUCCUACACUAACAGCCUAAUGUCUGCUCUUAUGAGAUUAACCACUUACUUGGGGAAAAAAAUUCCAUCUGGGGCUCUCUGCAGUACAAGGCUAAAUAGGGCCCUGGGAUGAGGCACCUGUGACAGGGAGGGGUGCAAAACCAAGGAGUUAGCUAGACUCCCAAAUAUAUAUAAAACAAGAGGGGGUUGGCUGCACUCACCUUAACAUGCAUAAAUGGGGGUGCUGCUGGGGGCCAAAUAAUAUAAAACACAAGAUCCAGCGCACUCACCUAUCCAUACUAAACAGCAACUUCAAUGUUGAAAGAUUUUUAUUAGUUUUUAAGAAAACACCUAAUCUAGGCAAAAAUAAUGGGGAUUUAGUUACAUUAUAUGAUCAUACAUUGCAUAAGCCUGCCACAACGUCAAUGUACCCCAUCUUUGGCAGGUCCUACUCUAACAGCCUAAUGUCUGCUCUUAUGAGAUUAACCACUUACUUGGGGAAAAAAUUCCAUCUGGGGCUCUCUGCAGUACAAGGCUAAAUAGGGCCCUGGGAUGAGGCACCUGUGACAGGGAGAGGUGCAAAACCAAGGAGUUGGCUAGACUCCCAAAUAUAUAUAUAUACAUAUGAAACAAAUAAAAUCUUUCAACAUUGAAGUUGCUGUUUAGUGGGUAGGUGAGUGCGCUGGAUCUUGUGUUUUAUAUUAUUUGGCCCCCAGCAGCACCCCCAUUUAUGCAUGUUCAGGUGAGUGCAGCCAACCCCCCCUUGUUUCAUAUGUAUAUAUUUGGGAGUCUAGCCAACUCUUUGGUUUUGCACCCCUCCCUGUCACAGGUGCCUCAUCCCAGGGCCCUAUUUAGCCUUGUACUGCAGAGAGCCCCAGAUGGAAUUUUUUCCUCAAGUAAGUGGUUAAUCUCAUAAGAGCAGACAUUAGGCUGUUAGUGUAGGACCUGCCAAAGAUGGGGUACAUUGACGUUGUGGUAGGCUUAUGCAAUGUAUGAUCAUAUAAUGUAACUAAACCCCCAUUAUUUUUGCUUAGAUUAGGUGUUUUUAAAAAAACUAAUAAAAUCUUUCAACAUUGAAGUUGCUGUUUAGUGGAUAGGUGAGUGCGCUGGAUCUUGUGUUUUAUAUUAUUUGGCUCCCAGCAGCACCCCCAUUUAUGCAUGUUCAGGUGAGUGCAGCCAACCCCCCCUUGUUUCAUAUGUGUGUAUGUAUAUGUAUAUAUAUAUAUGUAUAUAUAUAUAUGUAUAUACAUACAAAUGCUAAAUUAAAGUGAUUUAAAAAAAACACAAUAUAAGUGAUAAUGCUUUGAUGUAUAUACUCUCUAUGCAUAUCAUAUAUGUGCACUAUAUUAAAAUAAUUAAUAAAAUGACAGCAUCCAAGGUCUACUCAAAUUUACAUUUUCCUGUCAUAACUAAACAAUUAAUAUGAUAGUGGUAGGCUUCAUCUAUUGAAACUCACUUUGAAUUACAGGAAUAAACAUUAAAACAUUAUCUAUAUUAAUGUAAAAAUGAAAGGCAUUAUUUUAUCAGCCACAGGCCUAAAUAUAAAAAAUGGAAACAGGCAGUAGUUAAUUGUUGAAGGAUAACAAGGUACUGCUACAAUAAACAAGAAACACUGACAAAUACCAUGCUAAGUAGUUAAGUAACAUGAAGCACAAAUACACAAUAUGCAAAAUUAUAACUGAUCUUCUCACACCCUGUGGGUGUAAUUUCAAAUAAAUAUUUUCUGGACCGAGAUCUCAGACGUCCCACCUAUAAGCUGCGGAAUCAAAUAACCCAAAUUCCCAACGUAUUCUAUUAAAACUGGGACAGUUACUGCCUUCACUUUUCAUAUCCUUUAUAGCGCCUCUUUCAGUCCUUGGUAUUUGUCCACCUUCUUAUGUUCCUUGUUCUUAAUGUUAUUUUAACAGAUCCCCCUGUUUUUCGUUUAAUCUGUUAUAUAUGUUGUAACAACCUCCUACCAUGUUGCCUGGGAACCUCUACCUUUUGUUUUCCUGCCAUCAUCCACAUUGCCCUGCACCUAAGAACAAAGACUGUUUCUGGCCCUUUAACUGUGUUGUGCAAAGGAUGGGUACGUUUGAUAUGGCACUUCGGAUACUGCCGAAGUAGUCGAAGUGGCCGCCAUUAGACAAUUGAACACGUGGCGGCAGCCAUUUUAAUGCAGUCGACCGCGGUCAGCGGUGUGUGCCGUCAAAUCCCUGGAACGAAAAUCAGCCACACAUUUGGACGAACACCGCUGACCUGUACCUUCCCCUACCCUUCGACACUGCGGCUGGAGACUAAGUCCCAUUCGAAGAUUCUAACACACGUUCGAAUAGGACUUUGUCAUCUUUUUCAUGUAAAAUAGACUGCCACUUAACUAACUACCACCGCUGAAACUUAACCCCGUUUUUACUUCGACACUUCGACAGAAGUGUAAAUGCGUUCGACUAUUCGAACGCUGCCUUUGGAUGGGACUUUGUUGUUUUUCAAGGCAGAAUUAGACUGACUGCACAGCCUGAAUCUGUGGAACUGUUUUGGGCAUGCAAACAGGCAUGUGGUCGGUCCAAAGAGACUUUUUAAUAUUUCUGGAACCACUGAACGGAUUUGUACGAAUUUUGAAUAUGUCUGUCCCCAAGUUGUUUUGUUCAUAAAAAUAUACGUUUUAUUCCUGUGGGAUGAAAAAUCAUAAAGUUAUAAAAAUGCAUAAAAAAGUACAAGUGUUUAGCUUGGAGAUAAUUGAGUAGAAACCAUAAGAAACUCAAUUAUCUCCCAAGCAGAGGGGAGGGAAUUUGUGGGUUGUAACCAUUGUCUGAUUGGUUAAUGUCUAAUUGUCUGUGGGUGUCUCCUUUGCAUGGGAGCUCCUUAUAAAAGGAGAGUACCUGCUAUUAAACCUCAGUUCUACUUCACCCUCAAUCUAGAGUCCUGUCUUUUAUUGGGGGUAACCGAUAUACAGCUAUUCACACUAGCUCUUGUAAGAGCUUCUUCACUUGGAUCACGACUGGAUGCUGAGAAUCCUCAUCACUGAUCGGGAAAAGGACACCCUCCAGCGGAUGAAACCCCUCUGCUAUUCGGGGUAACCGCUACAGUUAUGAUCACAGGGUACUUCCACAACCAGCACCACUGCAGUCUUCUCCACGAUAUUUGGUGGGUUGGCCAGUACUUGCUUGUCUGUCUGGAUGUGGAAGUCCCACAGAAUUUUAGUCCUGACAUUCUCGACUAUCCUUUGGGGUACUUCCCAUCUGGACUUAGGCAGGUCUAGCAAGUAUUCUGUGCAGAUGUUUUGGCAAACAAUCAGAGCCUCUCAUUGUAUGAUAUCCCAGAUAACAUCUUGUAUCCAGCAACUAUGCACUGCAUUGUCUCGGACGCCUCUUUGCACAGUCUGUCCCUUGUGUCCUGUCUGGUGUGGUAGACGGUAGACCCUCCUUUCUGUUGAUCUGGUGCUGAGUGUCUGUUGGUGUGCUGCUAGGAUUAGUGCUGUAUUCCAGUCCUGCUUUUUUCAACUAUUGGUAGGAUUUAAUAAUGUGAGCCACAUUCACUAUUUGCCAAUGGUAUAUUUGAUGGGGAGAUAUCUUGGCUUGUCAUGGAACCUCCUCUUUAUCUGCAUCCUCUAGCUGUGGCUGUCUUAGGCAUUUCAUAGUUACAUAGUAGUCUAUGUUGAAAAAAAGACAAAAGUCCAUCAAGUGCAACCUUGAAACCCAUUCUUUUAUGCAGUUGAUCCAAAAGAAGGCAUAAAAAACAAAAAAACAACUGGACCAGUUUCCAAUUAUUCCACAAAAAGGAGAAAAAAUACUUCUUGAUUCUAUAAUGCAAUCAGAUUUCUUCUUGGAUCAACAACCUGUUCACAUACAUAUCAAUUAUGAAUUGAAUAUUCUGUUUAUGCAAAAUAUCAUCCAAGCCUUUUUUUAUCUCUAUAAUAUGAUAAAAUCUCUUUAGGUAGCCAAUUCCACACCUUUAUUGGAUUUCCUGUAAAAAAAAAAAACUCUUUCCUCUGCUGUAAGUGAAAAAAAAGUAUUUCUUCCAAUCUUAGUGGGUGACCUCUUGUAUGUUUUGUAUUUCUGCUAAUGAACAGGUUAGCAUAUAGCUAUUUGUAUAGUGCAGGGGUCAGCAACCUAUGGCACGUGUGCCAUGGAUGGCCCUCUAGGUGCCUUUCCCCGGCACUCAAGGCUGCUAGAGCCAAAUAGGCUCUGGCCUAUAGGGAACAGAUAUCUGCUAGUGCAAACCAAGUGGUGAUUGCAGUUGGUGAGGGGCAAUCCUCAAUUUAUGCAUUGCUGCACUUAGAGUAGGUGAUCUCAGAUCACUUCCUCUCAGCACUUGUGAACAGGGUAUGUUUGUAUAUAAUUUUGGAGUUUGAUUGCAUGGGUGUGUUUCCAUGUAAUAUUUGUCUUAUAUUGCAGGAGUGUGUUUGCAUGUUGUGCUGGUGUUUGAUUGCUUGGAUGUAAGCACAUAAACACAGAGACUGGGACCUGGUGAAACACCUCCACCCCCCCAGGACCGACGGGGGUCAUCCCGGUCCACGUCUCGCAGCCUCACUUACCCUGCUAACGAAAAGCUGUGGACACUGCACUAGACAGAGGAGUACCUCCAUCACCCAAAAUGGCAGACGCACCCUCUACAUGCGGCGAGCAAGACGGGUGCAUGGCAGUAGACCUCAUGCUACAGCACCUAAACAAAUUCUUUGCCAAGCUAUGACAGAAGUUAAAGGUAUGUGCAGACACAACAGAAGGGGGUUGGAGGGGCAGUCGAAGGCACGCAUGAGAUGGGGUGCAAGAGGCCCCGUCGGGCACAAUCACUCAUGAGCACUCAAGCCGUAAAAACUCAGCCCACCCAGGCAGCGAGCCGGAAGGGUCUCUCGCCCAAAGCAACCCACACAGAAACAGAAGCCCAGACUCUGCAAACGACCCCAUGCUUCAGCACAGCCCCCUAGAGGCGGCCAGGCCCGCGGAUGCCUAAAGACUAGCCAGAGGACACACACACAGCGAGUCAUGCUUUAUACACAGAGACAAACCUGGGAUCCUCCCUUCCGACAUUGGACGCAGCCAGUCCAGCAGAGCCAGGCGACAAGUGAGCACGCACGCCCGGAGGCAGAGGGGUACCCCCACGGAGCGCAGACACAAGCAUACAAACCCCCAACUGGGUCACUCACACUACGCCUGCCUCUUGGAACCUGGGAGUCGGAGGGGAGACCGAAGGCGCAACGCCAGAACUUACGGCACCAGGGCAUGGGGCUACCAAACCGCCCCAUCACAAACACCACAGCAGCCACAAGCGGGAAUCGGCUGACCGCGGGACUGCCCCUGUACCCUGAGACCCACUCAGAACUAUGAUCCUGGUUAAAUAUUUUGUUUUUGCCCCUCUAUAUGCAACUACCCACGCUACCACCGGCAACUGGGUGCUCUACAAAACCCUCCAAUGCAACAAUCUCAGACUGUGAAACGACUUUAUGUUAAAAGUUUAAGUCAUAGAGGGAGCCAUCUAGGACACUUGUAUCACUUAUCAGCCAAAUAUAACAUGCGGUAGUUCAUGAUGCACGCAGUUAGUCCCAUGACGUAACUAAAUAAGCCUGUAUAUAUUGCUUGCUCAGUAAACAACAAUAUGCCGCUGGCUUAAUGCCAUGUUUGCUGAUAAUCGCGAUAAUAUUUUCAGCCAGUUAGGCAAUGUUUCAACGUCCCUAAUCACUACUAAAGAUGUUGGAAUCAUAGCAUGUUUAUUGUAUUAAGCUUGAUGAUCAAACUGUGACCCAAUAGACAUGCAAAGCUAGCCUGUACUCAGUAUGUUUCUGAACCUUAAUGUAUUACUAGCCUAUUUUAUCUAAAAAAAAUUUUUUUUUAAAAAUGUGCAGUUAAUUUAUGCCAUGACUAUGUAUGCCAUUGGAACGCCUGUAUACUCUGUUGUGGCGCUACAGGUCUCUCUGUUAUAUAAUCAAAUGUACAAAAAAAAUAAAGAAUGAAAUAAAAAAAUAAAAAAAAACAAUAAUAACCAACGCAAUUAAAAAAAAAAAAACGAGCGGAAAAAAAUCCAUCUUCACCCGGAGAGGGCUCCGCGCAGACUGAGCUCUGCAGGACGGGGGAAGGCGUAUAAAGCCUUGCCCUGCCCUGCAAUUAGGCUCAGAGCACUCCGAUUGGUGGGUUUAAGCCAUCCAAUCAGAGUGCUCUGACAGGUAAAUGAAGAGACUGACAGGUAAGUCUCUACAUUUACCUGUCACAGCACUCUGAUUGGUUAGCUUGAAAUACACCAAUCAGAGUGCUCUGUGUCAUUUUACUGGGUGAAGAUGGAUUAUUUAUUUUUGCUUCGGUUAUUAUGGAUUUUUAUUUGGCCUUUUUUGGGGCUGAAAAAGGAAGAUUUUAGAAGAAAGAAAACAUCGAAUGGUAAGUUUUAUUUUUUUUUACAGGUACUUAGUUAAAGCUCCCCCUCUCAUUAUUUUUAAGGUGAGGAGGGUAGGUAGGGGGUUAUUUUUUUUGGGGGGAGGGGGUGACUAGGGGUUUGUGGACCCCUAGUCACCAGGGAGGGGGGUUAACUUUUUUUAGAGCCCCCAACCCCCACUCAGGGGUGGUGGCUGGGGGUGUAGGACAAUAGGUCCCCCCUAUUGGUAUUUAGGGACCCACCCGCCGCUCAGGGGUGGAGGCCGGGGGGGAGGACAAUAGGUCCCCCCAUUGGUAUUUAGGGCCCCAACCCGCCGCUCAGGGGUGGAGGCCGGGGGGGAGGACAAUAGGUCCCCCCAUUGGUAUUUAGGGCCCCAACCCGCCGCUCAAGGGUGGGGGCCAGGGGGGAGGACAUCAGGUCCCCCCCUUAUUAGUAUUUAGAGCCCCCACCCGCCGCUCGGGUUGGGGGCCAGGGGGGAGGACAUCAGGUCCCCCCCUUAUUAGUAUUUAGGGCCCCCACCCACCGCUCAGGGGUGGGGGCAGGGGGGAGGACAUAGGUCCCCUCCCUUACUAGUAUUUAGGGCCCCCACCCACCGCUCAGGGGUGGGGGCCAGGGGGAGGACAUUAGGUCCCCUCCCUUAUUAGUAUUUAGGGCCCCCACCCACCGCUCAGUGGUGGGAGCCAGGGGGGAGGACAUUAGGUCCCCCCCUUAUUUUAAUUUAGGGCCCCCACCCACCGCUCAGGAGUGGGGGCCAGGGGGGAGGCCAAUAGGCCCCCCAUUAUUUUACAUUAGGGCCCCCACCCACCACUCAGGGGUGGGGGCCCGGGGGGAGGUCAAUAGGUCCCCCCCAUUAUUUUACAUUAGGGCUCCCACCCACCGCUCAGGGGUGGGGGCCGGCAGGGGCAAUAGGCUCGGGAGGUGGUACCUUUUUUUUUUUAGGCCCCCUUAUUAGUAUUUAGGGCCCCGUUCCCGUUGUUCAGGGGUGGGUCCAGGGGGGAGGACAUUAGGUCCCCUCCCUUAUUAGUAUUUAGGGCCCCCACCCACCGCUCAGGGGUGGGGGCCAGGGGGGAGGACAUUAGGUUCCCCCUUAUUAUAAUUUAGGGCCCCCACCCACCGCUCAGGAGUGGGGGCCAGGGAGGAGGCCAAUAGGUCCCCCCCAUUAUUUUACAUUAGGACCCCCACCCACCGUUUAGGGGUGGGGGGCAGGGGGAAGGACAUUAGGUCCCCCCCUUAUUUUACUGUAGGGCCCCCACCCACCGCUCAGGGGUGGGGGCCAGGGGGAGGACAUUAGGUCCCCUCCCUUAUUAGUAUUUAGGGCCCCCACCUGCCGUUCAGGGGUGGGGGCCAGGAGGAGGACAUUAGGUCCCCUCCCUUAUUAGUAUUUAGGGCCCCCACCCACUGCUCAGGGGUUGGGGCCAGGGGGGAUGUCAAUAGGUCCCCCCCAUUAUUUUACAUUAGGGCCCCCACCUGCCGCUCAGGGGUGGGGGGCGGGGGGCAAUAGGCUUGGGAGGGGGGACCUUUUUUUUUUUUUUUAGGCCCCUCCUUAUUAGUAUUUAGGGCCCCCACCCGCUGUUUAGGGGUGGGGGCCGGGGGGGCAAUAGGUUCCCCCCUUCAGGUUAGAAGCCCACAUUCGAGCGGCACGGGUGGGGACUCGUGAGGGGGGUAGGCUGCUCACUGUUUAAUAGAUAUGCUCCUACUCGCAGUAUAGCGAGUAGGGGCAUAAUUUACUAAUACUAAGUAACCUUUACUUAGUAUUAGCAAAUUUGUCUAAAAGACCAAUUUAGGUCUUUCAGCCUUUUAGUAGAUAGCUCCCUAAUACUGUGGGAAUUAAGGAGUUAUCUACUUAUUAAUUCCUGUCAUUACAUUGACUGGCUAAGUAACUUACAUUUUAUAUGAAUGUAUGUUACCUGAUUGUUGUAAGUAUUGCAAAUGCUUACAGCUGAAUCCUGGCUAUAUUUGUAUACUUUUUAUUUAAAAUUGUAUACAAUGUAACAUUCUUCUUCUUUCGCUGGGUAAGUAUAUUAGUACUUAGGCAAUACUGUGCUUCGGCACUCUGGCACUUCGACACUUCGGAAAUUCGGUAAUUUCGGAACUUCGGGACCUCAGCAAUUCGGCAAUUCAGACAUUUAGAAGUACCCGAAUGUCCGAACUGCCCGAAAUUCAGACGAAUUCAUAUUCGGACCGAAACGAAUUGCGCAUGUCUAGGUAUCAUACACAAUACCACAAACUUCUCAUGAACAUAUACAAUAUAACAGCCUACAUACAAAUACAACGCUACAAAGCAACUCCGGCACCCAUAAAUAACACAAGCAGAAUACGGCAACAUACACACUUCAGUUUUAAAAAAAAAAUAGGACUGGCACAGCAAGAGACUUUAAGAUUUUGUUCUGGCACAAUAUGACUAAAAGGUUGGUAUAGUGUAUCAUAUCCCCUAUAAGGCACCUUUUUUUUCUAGCCUUUCCUUCUUUUUUAACAGUUUUUCUAGCUUUUUCUUAACAGCUCCUAUUUGGAAGCCAGCUUCAUGAUGAACCUUUGGCUGCUCUGUGUUUCAUCCAGGACUGUUGCCUUGACACACAUCAGGCUCAAACCUCAUUCCUUCCAGUUGGUGCACACUCUCUGGGUGCUGAAUUUUGGUUGUAAUCCUCCAUUAAUUAUGAGUAAUUUUGAUGCUUGAUAUCCAUGGUGUCCAGCAGUUCUCUUGUCCUGGUUAUUAUCCCAGUUAUUUAACUGAGGACUGGUGGGACACAUGUUUUGAUGGCCUAGGACUUGUUCUUGCCAUUGAGCUGGAACUUCAGAACCUGUCUGACUCUCUGGAGGCACUUGGAUGUUGCUGUCCCCAGGUACUUGUAGCUGCACUCCAGGUCUCCUUUUUGGUCUUCUGGCACUUCAGCUCCUCCAGUCCUGAUCACCAUCCCUCUUUUUUAUAUAAUCCGCCCACUUAUCUAGUCCAAACGACAUUCCAAUGGUUUUGCUGUAUAUCCUAGUUAGGUGGAUCAGUGAGUUCAUGUCUCGCUCAUUCUUUUUUCACAGCUUUAUGUUGUCCAUAUAGAGGUUGUUGAUUGUGGUGACAUUCUUGAACCUUUAUCAGUAUCUACUCUUCAUGUUGGAAAAAAGGAGAAGAGGAGACCAAAGUGGGUAGACUAAAAAAAGUACUAACCCAGAAUGGUCCCAAUACCCAUAAUCAAGACAAGCUCCACAAAUAUAAAGCAAAGAGUUACUAGUAAUGGAGCACUAUAAGAACUAAAACAAUUCAAUUUUAAUGAACCCUCUUGAGGGAGCCCAAUGAAUUAAUAACAAAUGGGAAAAAUGUUCCACUGGGGAACAUUUUUCCCAUUUGUUAUAUAUAGAUUGGGCUCCCUCGAGAGCGUUCAUUAAAAUUUAAUUGUUUUAGUUCUUAUAGUGCUCCAUUACUAGUAACUCUUUGCUUUAUAUUAGUGGAGCUUGUCUUGAUUCUGGGUAUUGGGACCAUUCUGGGUUAGUACUUUUUUUAGUCUACCCACUUUGGUCUCCUCUUCUCCUUUUUCCUAUUAUUACAUUUGGGUUAUGCCCUAAAUACCCUACAACCAUUACAACCUAGGUGUUUGGUCUUUUUUUUUGGAUCACUCACUCUGGCUGUAUUUUUUCUUAUACUCUUCAUGAUGACCUGUUUGAGGGGGUUGAGUGUGUCUGCUUGGUAUAAGCCACAUUUGAUGUUCAUUUGUGUAAUUGUCCUGGAUUUGGCUUCUAGUGUUGCUCUCCAGUUGCACAUCAUGUUCUUGAUAAAAGAUCUUGACCUUGUAUAGACAUGCAUUCCAGUAUCCAUAUGUGCAACAUUGAUUCAUAGGCUAUAUUGUGGCUAAUCCAGGCAUGCGUGGUCCUUGGUCUGCCAGCUGGUGUUUUGAGCCUAGAUGUUGUUUCCAAUCCUAUUCCCAUUCACUCUUGUGUCCAUCGAUCUUGGAGGCUAUGACACCUGACAAGACCUGCACUGUUGUUGGGAAGCAGGUGAUUAUUUGGCAGUUAGAUUAUGUUGUAAGGUUCCUCCUGAUUAGUAAUGUUACAUCGUCUGUAAGACAGUCAUGAUGGGAGCCUGUUGCUAGUAGGUGCUAGGCACUAAUGCAACAUUGUUAGUUUGUUUAUCUAUUAGGAGUGGAUCAUAUCAGGCCCUGGUGCUGACCAACUCGUCAUGUGGCCUACUCAUUGUUGGAUUUGACUGGUUCCUGUUCUGGGAGUGUGCAGUGGUUUAGCAGCCACAGGGACUUGGUGUUAUGUGAUGGUUCUGGCUCCCAGACAUUUUUCAUUGUUCUGUCUUGGCUAUGUGUGGGUCUAGUGUGUUGUUACACUGCAGCUUUGCAUACACCUUGGAUGGUUCUAUAAAAACAGGGCAUUUCUUAUAUAAGUCUUUGCUUCUGUCAUGUAUCUUCUCAGUUUGGUUUUCAGUCCAGUCAACUUGCUUUGCUGUCCCCCUCCUUACAUAGUGUCAAUCGCCAGAAUCUAUCCUUGACCUUUCCACCAGUAAAAACUGAUCCAACUUAUUAUCGUCUUUAUAUGUUCACUUUAUCUUGGCUUACAGUCUUAGUCUCCAUGGUGGGCAGUUUCUUUUUUGGCUUUAUUUUAUAGUCAAACGUUUCGAGAACCACUAAUGAUGUGACAUAUAUGAGCUUGUUGGUCUCUGCGAUGGUGUCAGAUGAGAUUCUACAUAGUACCUUAUUAACGGCUGUUAGCAUACUGCCUGGUUUCUGUUUUUCAGUGAGUUUUGGUAGUCUUGUCUUGUUGUCAAAUACUGCUAGAUUUUCUAUGAUCUCUCUUAUAGUACUAGCACGAUAUUUAGCAUACCGCAAUACAAAAAUAAAGUGGCUCGCUCCUCCUUUUCCUACAGAGCACCGCAGUUAUGGAAUAACCUCAGGGACACCGUCAAGUCUUCAUUCAAUCUAAAAUCUUUUAAGAGAUUUAUGGCAAUAUACCUCAGCACAGAAUGCACCUGUCAUGGUUGAAUAUAUGUAUUACCUGUUAUGUAUUACAUUUAUAUAUGUGUGUUUAUAUAUAGUUUGUAUAUUGUAUUUUUGUAAUAUUGUAUCCUAUUGUAACAAUGCAAUGUUUUAUGGACAAAGACCCAGGACAUACUUGAAAACAAGAGAAAUCUCAAUGUAUCCAUCCUGGUAAAAUAUUUUAUAAAUAAAUAAAUCUGCAUAGUUAUACCAUCUUGUGGCACAGAUGCAGACUGGCAACCCUCUGUAGGUACCAUGUUUCUUCUUCCUUGUGGAUCAUCCAUGUUCAUUAGUGUAGUCCAUCUAAUUCUGGUUGUGACACUAGUUUCCUCUAGUCUCACUCAAACAUUGAGUCUCUAGCUGUUUUGAGCUUUGAUAGGAAGAGAGACAGAGUCAAACCUAGGUUGGAUAAAAAGAGACAUAAAAUUAGGUGAGGGUGUCAGGCCACUUGGGACAGGCAUAGUCAGGUCUGUUGGACAAGCUGGGCACCAGUCCCAGGCCCUGUAGGUGUAAGUGCCACAUUUAAGAUUCUCUCUUUGCUUAUCAGAAUGCAUUGGCAUAUUCAACCAGUUUAAUUUUCAGAGUCUGUAAAUUAAUGCUCAGAGUAUCUGGGUGAAUAGACAAUUUGGAAAAGGUUAUCAGGGAGUUCUAAUUUUCUGUGAACAUUUUACAAGUUGUAUGCAAGAUAAAAAGCAAAACAAAAACAAUCUGCGUGUGGAAUACAAUGUUUGAAGGUAGGCUCCUGUGCUGUGAAAUCCCUGUGUCUUUCAAUUCAGUAUAGACCAGCCUAGCUACCAUUACCAAUAUUAAUUAUUUGAUUUCACUAGAUUUAAAAGUUUAAGAUUCCAAUUGAAGGUUGUAUGAUCACUAGUCUACAUAUACCUCCAAGAUGAAGAAGACAUAUAAACAAAACAAAACAAAACAAAAAUGAGUGUUUAAUGAGGUAAUUGAAAACUCCAGAAUAUUUUUAUUUCUGAAACCUUAGUCUGUCUCCCUUAACUUGCUAAUACCAAAGAGGCAUGCUGUAUUUUCUCAAUUUGGGAUGCUUUUUAGUUUGCUGUUCUCCAGUUUCCUAUUUCAGCUUGUAGUACUGUGAAUACGGAACAAGGCGAUAUUUCACAAUUCUGGACACUAAAGGUACAGAUUUAGCUAUUUGCACAUCCCAUCUGCCCUCUUGUGCAAUAACUAGCUCUGCCUUUUCUGUACUGCAUACAUGGUUGCUUAUAUAUUCUUUAUAUUGAGCAGCACAUAGUUAUGGCUGGUAUACAACAGAACAGCAUGAUGACUGAGACAGUAAGUAUGAUGUAUAUUGUACAAUGGCAUAUAGCUCAGAGCAUGUCUUUAUUAUGAUCAGAUACAUGAAAGAAAAUUUCAUUUAUAAUCUAGUUCCAGUGUUAUGUUAUUCUAAAUGACUUUCCUGACCCAGAUUACAGGAAACACUCAGGUAGCAUUACCUUUGCAUAGUAUACUUUAAUGUGAUUUUUAUUGUUUUGUUUUGUUUGUUUUUUGCUUAUUGUGGACUUGUGCUGGGUCACUGUUGUGUGCAUACAUUAAAAAAUUUCUUAUUGAGCUGUAUUGGUUUUGGUGGGGGUUUAUGCACAGAAAUCUAAGUAAUUACAUAGUUCACCAAAGUACAGGUAAGGCAUAAAACACACACCACAUCACUCCAGGAGAUCCGCACUCACUGUGAUCCAUGUAAUAUCCACUAGUUAAAUCGUAAAUAUUGAAUAUUACAUGGAUGACAGUGAUUGCGGACCUUCUGGAGUGAUGUGUUGAUGUUUUCAUAUUGGAUCAGUCCAGCACCAGUACACUGCCCAUGGAAACAGUAUAACCAAUUAGGUGGCCAUGAGAUUUUGAUUUUCUUUUCUGCAGGGGUGUUAUCCCCUUUUGGAUCGGGGUUGCAGCAAUAAGAUUUUUUACAGGGGAUUUCUCCUGGAGUUUUGCUUAAUUUAUUAUUCAUAAAGCACACACACUAAACUAUGAAAGUGAAAUAGAGUACCUACAAUUUAUCACUGUGCCAGUAUGGGUGAUUUCUCUUUUUCACCAAACAGGAGUAAUCACUAAACAUCAGAUUUUGUUCAGAUGUACAAAGUCCAAGAAGAUGACCACAUUCCGGCCACAAAGUCAAUUCUCAUAUUUACUAAAGUUAAAUGCAGUCAAAAUUUGGUCAGCAGGGCAGAUAGUUAAAUACCCUUAGCAAUGCCUAGGGCUACUUAAGUGGUAGCUGGCCAGCACUUGCUAGACAGACAGCGCAUAAAAAAAAAGUUAAAAUAAAUAAUAAAACCUAUUGGGGUCAAGUCUUGAGACUCGAGUGAAAGUUUUGAGUCAGAGCACACUUGAAAGCCAAACUAUGAGAGCACCCUAGUGAUAAUUCAAAGGCUUUUUCGCUUUGAAGCCUCAUUCUGCACAGAGCCCUCGCAGGACAAAGAUGGUUUUAUUUUGUUUUUUUUGGGGGGGGGGGUUUAUGACCUUUUUGCGGGGCUUAAGAUAAGAACAUUUACAAGAAGGAAAACUUCAGACCAUAAGUAUAAUUUCUUUUUUUCACAGAUAUUAGUUUCAAUACCCAAACCUCACUAUUAUUAGGGUGGGUUGUUUAUCAUUUUAAGGUGGUGGCUAACGCAUUGGAGUUCCCUAGACACUAGGAACUUUUUUGAGGUGUGCACAAUGGCAUGUCCAAUCCCCCAUUGCAUAAAUCUUCUGUCGCUAGUGAGUCCCCCCAGUAUAUUAGUAUUAGAACCCUCAUCCACCAUCAGUGAGGAACAUAAGGUCCCUCCCUUAAUAUUAUACUAGCCUCCAUCACAUUGGGGGGAUACAAGGAUGUAGCCCCAUUUUUAAAAUUUUUAUUGGCCCUACCUGUCCACCGUCAUUUCUUUUUAAUUUAAAAUCUCUGACCUGAGGACCAUGGGUAGGGUUGUAGGUCCACCCUUUUAUGAGACCUUUAAAUGGCUGCCCAGUCGCUAGUUUUAAAGAUUUACUAGAUAUGCAGAAGGUGGGGGGACAGAAAGUUUUAAAACCUGCUCUAUAUCAAUAUGGGGAUCUUAUUGACCCCCUAGGUGCACCAUGGUUUUUAAUUAUUUGCUCGCUGACUGCUAGCACAGGCAAAUAAAUGAUAAUUUGCAAAUGUGCAUCUGAUUCACUGGAUGCAUUUGGUUCCAAAUUUUGAUAUCUGUCAAAAUCGGUGCUUCAUAAAUCCUCAGAAUCCUACAUUUUCUAUAGGAUUCGGAUGCAAAAGCAUGGAUUGCAAUCCAGAUACCAAACACGUCUGGGGUGAUUAUUGCAGAUUCGCUCGGCCGGACCUAAUUUAGACUGUAUUUAACUUGAGUAAAUAUGAGAAUUACCAUUGCAAUUUUGGGGAUUUUUACUGGACUUUUUCCAUCCAGACAAAAUUUGGUAUUUAGUGAAUAAUAAUUUAAGGUUUGAGUAGCCCAACUAAAAGCAUAGCUGAUUUAGAGAUUGUUUCCAGUUCAGCAAUUUUGACUUUUAAAUUUGAAACUUACUUUGAAUUCACUUUCAAUUCUUACUUUAGUAAACAGAAACUCAAGUCAGCCAAGGUUGAGACAGUAGCUAACUGGCCCCAUCCCCACACUAAGAGCCAGGUGCUGGCCUUCCUAGGGACUGCUGGCUAUUACAGGAAAUGUGUCACCAAUUACAGAGCCAUCACCAAACCCCUCACCGACCUGACCCAAAAGAAUCUGCCCAGUCAGGUAAACUGGGCCCCAGGGCAGGGCUGCCAUCAGGGUGUGACAACCGUGACGGUUGUCACGGGCCCGGUGGCCCUGAGGGGCCCGGACUGCUCUGGCAGUCCUGGGCCCCAUUUUCUUUUUCUGCACACAUAGAUAGCGAAUAUCACUAUGUAUGUGUGCAGCCGCGGGCCCCCUGGCUCCCUGUUACCGCAGAGGGGGCCCAGCACACAGCUUCUCCUCCUGUCUUCUCUCUUCUCAUAACUCUCGUGAGACCCGCGGAGCAUUGCCAUGGUAACCGGGUCUCGCGAGAGUUAUUAGAAGAGAGAAGAAGCUGUGUGCUGCCUGGGCCCCCUCUGCGGUAACAGGGAGCCGGGGGGCCCCCCAACCGGACCACCACAGAUGGAAUCUCCCCCCUCCCUGGACACAGGUAAGCAGUGGGAAUAUCAUUUAAUUAAUUUAAUAGAAAAUUAAUGUUACAAUGCCCCUUCCUCCCCCUACCCCCCCAGAUCACACAUUUACACACACACUGCAUACACUAACACAACACACACUGCAUACACUAACACAACACACACACACUGCAUACACUAACACAACACACACACACACACACACACUGCAUACACUAACAAAACACACACACACUGCAUACACUAACACAACACACACACUGCAUUCACUAACACACACACUGCAUACACUAACACAACACACACUGCAUACACUAACACAACACACACACACACUGCAUACACUAAAACACACACACACUGCAUACACUAAAACACACACGCACUGCAUACACUAACUGUGCUUUGUCAUGGGCCCCAACAUUUCUGAUGGCGGAACUACCCCAGGGUGUGAGCAGGCGUUCCAAGCCCUUAAGAAUGGCCUGAUACAUGCCCCUGUAAUAGCUGCUCCUAAUCCACACAAACCGUUUCUCAUAAACACAGAUGCUUCUAUGUUUGGAUUAGGAGCGGGGCUGAGCCAGGUACGGGACAAUGGUGAGAACAACCGGUAGCUUACCUCAGUAGGAAACUACUACCCAGGGAGGUGAGUUACGCCAUCAUCGAGAAGGAGUGCCCGGCAGUGGUGUGGACACUCAAGAAGCUGCAGCCCUACAUCUAUGGACUGCAAUUCACCAUUCUCACAGGUCACAACCCGUUGGUAUGGCUUAACCGGGUCACGGUUGACAAUGUCAGGCUGUUGCAAUGGAGCCUGGCACUUCAACCCUAUGUUUUCACCAUCCACUACAGACCCGGUAAGCAAAACAGGAAUGCUGAUGGGUUGUCAAGACAGAACUGGAGAACUGAUCUGUGAGCCCUCCCCCGGACAUCCUCAAGCUGAUCUGUUGGGAUCAGAAUGUGUAUGCCGGCUUGUGGUUAAGGGAGAGCUGUGAUGUGAAACUGCUGCCGUUCCUACAUUUCCCCUCUCUUUACUAUGUGUGUUGCCCUAUGUGUUAGCGUAUUCACCUCCCGAACAGGGACCACCCUAAUGGCCCAUUUAGAACGCUUGUCAACUGGAAUGUUUGCACCCUGAUAUAGUGCCAUAACCACAAGGGAAGCCUUGGCGCGUAUCCCACCAGGGUGGCCGCCCUUUCGUAUAGACAAACGCUAUCCAGGGGGAGCAUUCGUUAAUUGCUUCCCUCUUCAUUAAUUUUACCAAACGAGGACCACCCCGGUGCCCCAUUGGAAUGUUCACACCAAUCAAUUAGAAUGUUAACUCUCGCAACAUAACUGUGAAACCGCAAGGGAAGUAAUCAAUGAAUGCUUCCCUGGGUGGCCGCCAUUCGUACAGACGAACACCAACCAGAGGGAGCAUUCGUGUCCCAAAAGAAGACGCUUCCCUUGCCUGAUUUCACACAGGGACCCCCCGAACAGAGGCUGUUCAAGCCAGGUACUGUUGUAGAGGUCCUUGAGGUUGGUGUAGGCACCUUUUGGGGGCACAGGCUAGUUUGGCGGGCUUUCUGUGCCUGGAGGACAAGGAGGCAGAAGCCUUUUUUCCUGCGCUUUGACUUUCAGAUACAGAGGCUCCUGGGAUGAAGACCCCUUUUACAUCUGAAGCAGGAGACCCUGGAUUUGGGUGGUAUGAAUGGGGAACAAAAGGGAGAGAAGUCCCUUUCCCCCUGGGAGGGGAAGGACCCUGGGAUGGGGCCCUGUUGGUGUGUGUUGGAGACCCCUUGCAUGGGAUUAUGUAUAAAAUAGUGUUGUACCUCCAGAACUAGGUAUUGUCCAGUUACUGGGGGAAAAUGGGUCUCUGUGUCUGCUAAUGGAUCCGGAACGACUGAGGGAAGAACCGUGGUCCGCUACACCUGGUUGUUUAAGUACAUAACAAAUCUUGAUACGCAAUAGAAUUUGGUUAUACUGGCGCAACAGGUACAAACUUUGGCAUUUUACAAAAAGGAAAUCCAAACCGUAGAAAAAGAAGCUGCACUGAUGAAGUUUCUCCUGCCAUUGUUGAAUUUCUCCUUUUGAAAUGCCGAGGUUUGUCACUGUUGCAUCAGCGGAUAUUUCCUCCAUUGUUUGCAACUAAAGCAAACACAAGUGCUCUUUGAAUAACUCCCUUAACCCCUUAAGGAUGGCGGGCGUUCUAUGCUGUCCUUAAGGAUCCGGCUCUAAACGCCGGAGGGAGGCAUAGAACGCCCAAACCGUCCUUUCUACUUACCCAGUUGCCGGCAAUCCCAUGCCGGCGAUUGCGGUAUGGGGACUCACCUGGGAGCCCAGGGAGUCCCCCUCCGUCCUCUUCAGGCCCCCUGGGCCAUGUGAUCGCAAGGUCCUUGUGAGGACCUCAUGAUCACAUGGACGGCAUAGCCCACAGGGGGAGUGCCUGUAAUGACAGGUACUCCCCCUGCUGUCUGAAAAAACAAUAAAUGUUAAAACAGCGUAAAAUUAAAUAAUAUAUAUUUAGAUCUAAGUAUAUAUAUAUAUAUAUAUACACAUAUACACACAUACACAUAUAUACACAUACUGUUUACAUGUAUUUUAAUAUUAAUAUAUAUAUAUAAUUAAAAAUAUAUAUUAAUAUCAAAAAACACGUACAAUGAUAUUGAUAAAAUAUAUAUAUAAUUUUCAUUAUAUAUAUAUAUAUAUAUGAUAUAAAAUAAAUAAAUCUGUAAAUACGUUAAAAAUUAAAUUAAAAAAUGAAUAAAAAAUAUAUAUGUGUAAAUUCAUUCUAACUGUAUUUUAAAAUUCAUAUAUAUAUUGAUAUCAAAAUACAUGUAGAACGAAAUACUAUAUAUAUAUAUAUAUAUAUCUAUAUACAUAAGUAUAUACGUAUAUAUCUCACAUAUAUAAUAAUUCCACGUAUACAUUUAUAUAAUAAUUUUACAUAAUUAGGUAAUUUUAUUAAUUAUAAUUAGCAGGACCAGCCUGACAACCCAGGCCAAAAGUCCAGGGAAUUUAAUUAGCUAGCACUAUAUUUGACCAUGUAACUUUCCAAGACACCAUAAAACCUGUACAUGGGGGGUACUGUUUUACUCGGAAGACUUCGCUGAACACAAAUAUUAGUGUUUCAAAACAGUAACAUGUAUUUCAACGACGAUAUUGUCAGUGAAAGUGAAUUUUUUUGAAUUUUUCACACCCAAAUGGCACUUACACUGACAAUAUAAUUGUUGUGAUACGUUUUACGAUUUUGAAACACUAAUAUUUGUGUCCAGCAAAGUCUCCCGACUAUAACAGUACCCCUCAUGUACAGGUUUUAUGGUGUUUUUGAAAGGUAGAGCGAAGGAUUGCGUUUCAGUUUUUUCACAUUGAAAUUUGCCAGAUUGGUUACAUUGCCUUUGAGACCAUACGGUAGCCCAGGAAUGAGAAUUACCUCCAUGAUGGUGUACCAUUUGCAAAAGUAGACAACCCAAGGUAUUGCAAAUGGGGUAUGUCCAGUCUUUUUUAGUAGCCACUUGGUCACAAACACUGGUCAAAGUUCAAAUUAGUUUUUUGCAUUUUCAAAUAUUAACACUAACUUUGGCCAGUGUUUGUGACCAAGUGGCUACUAAAAAAUGACUGGGCAUACCCCAUUUGCAAUACCUUGGGUUGCCUACUUUUGCAAAUGGUAUGCCAUCAUGGGGGUAAUUCUCAUUCCUGGGCUACCAUACGGUCUCAAAGGCAACGUAACCAAUCUGGCGAUUUUCAAAGUGAAAAAACUGAAAAAUGUAACAUGCUAUAUUUGACCCUGUAACUUCCCAAAACACCAUAAAACCUGUACAUAGGGGGUACUGUUUUACACGUGAGACAUCGCUGAAUACAAAUAUGUGUAUUAUUUUGCAGUAAAAUCAAACAGUCUUAUGACAUUCACUGUUAGAAUGUCACAUAGAACUAAACAUUUUUUUUUUAAUUCUUAUUUUCACCCAUUUUUUUAUAUUUAAUUCAUAUUAAAUUAUGUUUUAUACCUAAAUAUUUGAUGUUAAAUGAAAACCCUGUUUCUCCUGAAUAAAAUGAUAUAUAUGUGUGGGUGCACAUAAUAUGAAAGAGGUGUUUAACCCCUGGCUGUCACUGUGAUCACCUCCUGCAGAUUGGGUAAUUGACCACAGGGGGAGUGCCUGGGUGGUACAAGCACUCCCCCUACCGAUCUGCAGGGGGAUCAUUGCGCCUGUUACAUGUAUCAGCCAUUAAGCUGACACAUGUAACACUGAUCACAGUGACAGGCUGUCACUGCGAUCAGAGAGCUCUGAGAUCGCAGUGACAGCCUGUCACUGCGAUCAGACAGUGCAGAUCGCGGUCACUGACCCCAGGGGGACUGCCUGGGGGGCCAGGUAUGUCCUCCAACCGCGAUCUGCACAGGGGAAAGCCGCCGGCCACAUGUCAGCCGAUUUGAAAUCGGCUGACACACGGUAAAUACUGAUCGCAGUGACAGCCUGUCACUGCGAUCAGAGACUGCAGAUCGCGGUCACCGGCCACAGGGGGGAUUGCCUGGGGGGCCAGGCAUUCCCCCCGACCGCGAUCUGUAGGGGGCGAUUAGCGCCGGCCACGUUGGUGGCCAUUAUAACAAGGGCGUUCUAUUACGCCCGCCGGCGUUUAGAGCCAGCUCCUGCAGGGCGUAAUAGUACGCCCUACGGAUUUAAGGGGUUAAUUCCGUUUUUAGUCUGAUUUGUUAACUAUAGACAUGGCACUUUUCUGAAUAUGUUUGUGUAUACAUUUAUUUAUAUAUAUGUUUUUUUUGUUAGGAUAAUUUAGUGGUUGAAGUUAUUAGUGCCACCACAGUAAUGACUGUGGUAUCUUACAGUCUGUUCCUAGAGUCACCACUGGUAAGGUGAGAAAUAGUAAGAUUAAAUAAGAUAUGUAAUAAGUGAGUAAUAAAAGGGUUAGAGAGGUGUCUGAUUGAUACUUAGGAGACCCUUGUUUCCACUGAGUAAAAAGUCACUAAUUCUUGAACUCGGCUAAACCACAACAAAACCAGAGCCAAGUCAUAAACAUACACUGUGGCGAAACCGGCCUCGCUACGUGUCCUUGGAGGGGGCUGCUUGCCCACCUCUUGCCUUUGGACUAUGGACCAGACUUUAUGUGAAUGUGUUAACCCAGAUAGCUAUGCCAUGGAGCCCAUUCGUGUAGUUAAAGACUUCGGCUCCAUGGCAAUUGAACUGUGUGAAUAGGAUCUGAGCGCUAUUCGGUAGUUUUGUGCGCUCAGAUCCCAGCUAUCUGGGGAUAUGUGAAAUGUCUGUGUCUUAUGUGUAAAAGGUGACUUUAUGUAUUUUAAAGUGUUUUGUGUCUUUUUGCAACCAUGUGCUUAAUGGAGUCUUGUGUCUGUCCUGGGAGAUAAUUGAAUUACUUCUCAAUUCAAUCUCCAGGAUAGAAGACUCUGAAACUGGUUUGGGCCGGAAAGCCAUGCUUCAUUUAGCCACAAAGGACUUUCCCUUAACUUUUGAACCCCUGGUCUGAUUCGUGCCAUUUUUUAAUAUGUUGUUCCCCUGAAUGGAUUGAUUAUGAAAAUGUAUGUUUUAUGUUUGUGACAUGUAUAUUUUAGAAGUUAUAAAUGUUGUGUAAAAACUGUAUUCCUCUGCCGGUGAUAAUGAGAUUACCCAUUGUGUUCAGUAAUCAUAUCACAUGCAGAGGGGAGGAUUUUGUGUGGGAGUGUCUGGGUGUAUUGUACGGAUUGAUUGGUUGUUUUGUAACGCCCUGUGGGCUGUACUAUGUUUGUGGAUUGGGAAUAAAAGAGACUGUAUGUGACAGUACAGAGAGUUCCUGUUUUAACCCUCAAAGUGAAGUGUCGUCUCAUUAUUGGGGGAAGGAUUUAUUGUAUGCUGUUCCAUUUUGACUGCUAGGAGAGUAAACCUAUUCGUAUGGUUCCUAUUCAACUGUCUACGGCAUUCACAUGCUUGAUAGAAGGUAUACGCUUCUCUGGUUCGGUGAUUGUGGCGUCUGCUGCAGUGCUUGGAGUCCUCAGGAAGCGCUAGGAGCAUCUUUCAACGGAGGUACCCAGUCGGGGUGCCAGGCGAUCCGUUACAUUGGUGGCAAGCGGUGGGAUGGCGUCCUAGUGCGAGGUAAAGCAGCUCAGAGACACAGUUCGUGGAUUUACAAAUUGAAGGCGACGCUAGUGUUCAUACAGCGUCCCUGUCUACAUAAAGAUUUGGGAAAACCAGCACUACUUCAGAGAUGGAAGGCCGUGCAGUAUCUCACUUUGACGCCAGGCUCCAGCAGCGACUACAGGAUGUGAUGCACAGUAUGGAAUAUCCUAUCCCAGAGGAAAGAGAGACAGAGUGGAGGGUGGCGCUUCGUACCGAUCUCUGGAAGGAGGACAUCGACGAAAUUCGACCUUUCCGGUGCGAGGAAAUCCUGACCACUAACCAGCGUCAAGGAGAACAACUAGAGCUAUGGAUGCCGUUACUGGGAAACCAGCCCUCAGAGGAAUGGGUAAGCGAACUGGAGACGCUAGUUGAGACUGAGGUGUGGCUGGAUGAUUCCUAUCGGGCCCUGCGGUGGCAUGUUUACCACCUCUACCCAUGGCUGAUUGAGUACAAGUGUAUUGAGGGGGAAGAUUACGAUGGCCCUGGUUUGUUGUGGGAUACUAUUGAAACUAGUCUCUGGUUCGGAGACACCGACAUUGCUCGCUUCUGGUCCAUCCGAGCUGAGCGGGCAGACAACUGGGACCUUACAGAGAUCGAUGCCAUUCAGCCAGAUCUAUGUUUUCUUGCCAACCGAGAGUGGGAACUAGAACAGGAUUAUGUUUGCCUAUUCCAACGUAUAACGCCGCCUGUCUCUGACAUGAUGGGGCUUAUUGACUGUAUACCACCGGAAGCAUUGAGUUUAGUUCCUCCUCCCCAGCAACCAAGCCUGUUAUCAGGAGACCUUGGUACUGUACCACAUAUGUCCCAACCAGCCCCAGAGAUGGAAGACCUUAUUGACUUAUCCUGGGAAGACACCCAGCUGUAGAGAGGUCUCUCUACAGGCCCUACAGGGAUGUUGGGCAGUCAGCCCAGAUCCCCAGUGGCAGUAUGUAUCCCAGGGAGCUGAAGGUGCUGUACUUCCUCCCCAGCGGCAGUGUGUCCUGCAGGAAGCGGAGACAGUCGGUCUCGCUCCCCAGCAGCAGGGCAAUAUAUUAAAAGGGGAGACAGUUGGUCCCCCUCUCCAACAGCAGAGAGUGUUCCAGGGAGAGGAACCGGUUAUCACCUCUCCCCAGCAACAGGACAAAUUAUUGAAAGGGGAGACAGUCGGUCUCCCCCUCCAACAGCAGAGAGAGUGUCAGGGAGAGGAGCUUGUUAUCCCCUCUCCCCAGCGGCUGAAAGUAUGUAUGGGAGAGGAGCUUGUUACCCCCCCUCCCCAGCGGCAGUGUGUACCCCAGGGAGCAGAAGGUGCCGUCCUCCCUCCCCAGCGGCAGUGUGUAUCCCAGGGAGCAAAAGGUGUCGUCCUUCCUCCCCAGCGGCAGUGUGUACCCCAGGGAGCUGAAGCUGCCGUCCUUCCUCCCCAGCGGCAGUGUGUACCCCAGGAAGCAGAGACCGUCUGUCUCGCACCCCAGCCACAGGACAAAAUAUUGAAAGGGGAGACAGUUGGUCCCCCUCUCCACCAGCAAAGAGAGUGUCAGGGAGAGGAGCAGGUUACCCCCUCUCCCCAGCGGCAGUCUACAGUUCAGAGAGAGGCAGCUUGUUACACCCUCUCUCCAGCGGCAGCCUAACCCACCAAGGGGAGAUGUUAAGCCCCACAACUAUGCAGAUGGGACCGUAGUCUCUGCACUUGCAGCACCAGGGGUAGGGACGGUCGGUCCUGUCCCCCAGCCACAGAGCAGUGUAUCCAGAGGGGAGACAGUCGGUCUCCCCCUCCCACAACCAGGCUCCAACCAGGCUACUUCAGUGGUAGCGCUGGCACCCGGGCAGAGUACCGCUGGUCUCUGCCCACUCAGCAACCCACCAAGGCAGUCUACCAGCCCCCCGCACAGCCGUGGUGAGGCACCUGGACAUGGACAAGUUGCUAUUUUAUCCAGGUGUAGUAACCAGUUAUUGUGGGUGGGCUGUAUUGCUGUUUGUGCUUCGUGGGUGGGUUGCUGGACUAACCAGGGCACUGACCGGCAGGAGGUCAGAUACCCUGUUAGUCUGGAUGGUAAAGGGGAGAAAUGUGGCGAAACCGGCCUCGCCACGUGUCCUUGGAGGGGGCUGCUUGCCCGCCUCUUGCCUUUGGACUAUGGACCAGAUUUUAUGUGAAUGUGAUGUAUGGUUUUGGAGUUAUGAAAGUUGGGUAGAAAGUAUGUUUUAACUGUAUGUAUAAUUGAGUUUCCUCUCAGGAUAAGGGGAGGGAAUAUGUGGGAUGUAACUGUGAUGUGAUUGGUUGUUUUGUAACGCCCUGUGGGCUGUACUAUGUUUGUGGAUUGGGAAUAAAAGAGACUGUAUGUGACAGUACAGAGAGUUCCUGUUUUAACCCUCAAAGUGAAGUGUCGUCUCAUUAUUGGGGGAAGGAUUUAUUGUAUGCUGUUCCAGUUUGACUGCUAGGAGAGUAAACCUAUUCGUAUGGUUCCUAUUCAACUGUCUACAGCAUUCAUAUGCUUGAGAGAAGGUAUACGCUUCUCUGGUUCGGUGAUUGUGGCGUCUGCUGCAGUGCUUGGAGUCCUCAGGAAGCGCUAGGAGCAUCUUUUAACGGAGGUACCCAGUCGGGGUGCCAGGCGAUCCGUUACAUACACAAUUAUGUAAAGUCAAAAUUAGGCGACAAGAAAUAAGAAUACAGUACAGUAAAAUGUCUAAUACUAAAUAAUCCUAUCAAACCUUAUACAGCCUCAGUCAGAUCCCAAUAAACCCCAGGAAAGCCACCCUCCUGCACCCAAAAGGCAUGGAAACAGGAGGAUAGCUAAACAUAUUUAAAUUAUGACUUGUAUGUGCUUUUGUAUGUGUGUGUGUGUUAGUGUGUGCACAUGUGUAUAUCUGUGUCAAUAUGUUUGUGUGUGGCAGUGUAUGUAGAUAAUGUCCAUAUAUUCCAGCAUUUAAACACUAAUAUAUACCAAUAUAUACACGAACACACCCCUGCAUUGAAAUACCAAUAACAACACUACUGUAAUCAAAUACCCAAACACAAUGUAUACAAACACAAUACUGCAGUCAAAAACCAACACUACAUACAAACACACCCCUGCAUUCAUACAAAAUUGUAUACAAACACACUACCUCUUUAACCCCUUAAGGUCCAAACUUCUGGAAUAAAAGGGAAUCAUGACAUGUCACACAUGUCAAGUGUCCUUAAGGGGUUAAAAUGCCAACACCACACACAAAUGCACACCUGCAUUCGCAUACAAAUACACCCCUACAUUCAUACACCAACAUUAUCAACAAACACACAACUUUUUUCAAAUGCCAACACUAAACACAAAUGCACACCUGCAUUAAAAUUUUAACACAUACAAACAGAUCCCUGCAUUCAAACACCAACACUACUACAAAAAUGCCCUUGUAUCAAAACGCAAACACUACAUACAAACACAACCUGCAGUCAACACCAGUGCUACAUACAAGCACACCUCUGCAUUCAAACACAAAUUUUACACAUAGAGACACCCUUGCAUUCGAAUGCCAACAAUACAAAUACCCAACUGUAUUCAGAUGACAACAGUUCAUACAAACAUAAAAAAGCUUUAAAAUGCCAAUGUUAUGCAAGAAUAUACUCCUACACUAACACACAUACUUUACACAAAAACAUACUCAUAUUGAAGCACACAAAAAAUGCUCACAGAUACAACUCUGCAAGGAUGGGCAAAAGGCAGUUAAACAGCUGGAAGAGCAUUGUGGUAAUUGUAAUACAGUGCAGGGCAUUUUGGGGCCCUCCUUGUGCUAGAGGAUUACCACAAAUAAUUAUUGCAUCAGGGCUAUAUUUAUAUUAGUUCUGCCACUAGUCAGUGGCAUAUUACAUUUAAGAGAUCCUCUAACCUGUGUAUCCAAGCUUAAAGGCAAGCUGAUGACCUGGGUCUGUAAUCAAAAUAACUACACAUAAGUUAAAAAAAUUUUUAAAAAAAUAUGUAUAUUUAUGUAGCCAGGUGGACGAGGUUGCAAAAUUCCAAGUUAUUAGAAUCCAAUUUCUGUAUUUCUAUGUUUUCAAAUUUCCCUUCUUGACAUUUAUUUUGGGAAACCAUCACUUCUGCUUUCACUUCUCUUUAUAGAAUACAGUGAGUGACAUGGUGACUUCACUUAACUAUUCUCUGGUGAACUCCACUGAGCUGACGGUGCUUCCAUCAGGAUCCUUCCUAUCUGUUGGAAUAGCCAUACUCUCUGUAGCAUUCAUCAUUGGAUUGCCAGGCAAUGCCUUCAUCAUCUGGACUGUGUUAACUCAGAUAAAGAAACCAAACGUUACUUGCACCUUUAUCUUACAUUUGGCUAUAGCAGAUACCAUGGUAAUCCUCACUGGACCAAUCUUCAUUCACCUUCUGGCCACGGGCAGCUGGAUGUUUGGGUCUAUCAUUUGUAAAUUGUGCCAUUACAUUGGAAUUCUUAGCAUGUUUGCCAGUGUAUUCAUCAUUACUUUUAUGAGUCUAGAUCGUUUCUUAGCUGUAGCUAUACCCUUUUCUACUAAGACAAUGAGAACAAAAAUGCAUAUCAAGACCUUGGUUUUGGCAAUAUGGCUCUUAGCCUCAGUGUUGGCCAUCCCCAGUUUAUUUUUUCGCAGUUUGAAGAUGAAUGGAGACCGACUUCAGUGCAUGCUCUCACAUAACAAUUCUGCACACAUUCUCUUUCAAUAUCUAUUUGAGACAUUAUUUGGAUUUCUUAUCCCAUUCCCAAUUAUUGUGUUCAGCUACCUCUAUAUCUGUAUACGGUUACGCAGUGCACAGUUCAACAAAAAGCACAAAGCAAGUGGGCUAGUUAUUUUAAUUGUUGUAACUUUUGCUCUAUUCUGGAUUCCUUUUCAUAUUGUUAACAUCCUUCAAAUUUUAGGAGUGACAACUCCCAACCCCAUCACAGCACAAAAGUUCAACAUGGCAGUUCGACUUGCUCGUCCAAAUGUCACAGCUCUGGUUUUUCUGAGUAGCAGUAUUAACCCUUUGCUUUAUACAUUAGCUGGAGGCUCCUUCAUCAGAACUGCAGGAAUAAGUUUUAUGGCCAAGCUCUUUGAAGGAACCUCCCCAGAGGUCUCCACUUUCCAGAAAGUCACUCAAGUCUUCCGUCAGAAGAAUAAAAGUGAUUCUAUAGAUCUAGUGAAGCUUGGGGAACAUAAGAGCAAAGAUUCCAUAGCAAUCAGACAGAUUAAUGGUAAUUCUGAUGAAAAUCUGACUAUUACAAAAUCAUGCAAAAAGAACAUUGAACUACCUUGA